AUGAGCUCCUGGGUGGUGAACAGGAAAGGAGAGCCACAGUACCGCCGCCACUUCCUCACAGACAACAGCACCUUUCACGGUAAACACAUCCCACACAAAAGAGUGACAUUUAUGAUCACACUUAUAACUGCAUGUCACAGGAGUGAACAGCAGAGGGAGACUUGUACCCACCAGUGAACCUGUAACACUCAAUAAAAGCUUUUAAGUGCAGACAGCUCAGCUGAGAUACAAUCUUGUGACAUCAGUAAAACCUUUUUUUUACUGUUUGUUUUUGCACAAAGCCUUUUCUAAAUGAGCUGUGCAUGGAUCUUUUUAUGGACAGGAGAAUGUGCACUUCAUACCAUAAAAAAUACAUGUGCAUAAAAAAAGCAACAUCACUUUAACAACACAUCUCUCUGCAUGGGUGAUUCAUACACAUCAGAAUUAAUGCAGCAUGUGUGGUUCUAUAGUACCUAUCUACAAGAUGCAUGCGCAUAUUUUUCUGCAUGCAUCAGCUCAAGAACCCUGCACAAACAUGCUCAUCUGCUCAUUUCAUGAUGUUACAUUACAUAUAGAGUGCUACACCAGAGAAUACAGCUUUUUUUCCUUUUCACCCUCCUUGAAAUAUUCAUAAAACAUCAGUGUCAUCAGGAUGUAUUUGUCUGAACGCUGACCAAUAAAUCGAUGACACAUCUCUGUUGCAUCCAAAGCUCACGAACAAACCACUCAGAGGCUCACCUUGACUCUUAACAGCCAGCAUCCAACCUGUGCAGUCUGAGCGUGUGCAUUCUGAUUGUACUGUCAUAGAAAUCAGGCCUGAUUGCUUCAGCUUUCUACCGAGGAUGAUGGAUUGAUCUGGUUGGUGCAGAGAGUGAACACUGGUGUCUUUAUAUGUCUUGUCUUGAAAGAAAAAAAAAAAGGAUGCAAUCAACUUUACGGGAAUUUCCCCCAGCUUUUAUCAAUUUGUGAAAUAUUUCUCAGAACUUAAAGUCGACUUUUCUUCCAGAAAAUGGGAAUGAAACGCCAACAGAGCAUGAAAUAGGAAUACAUUUUUAUCAAGUUCCACUAGAGUGAAACUUAAACCCUUUUAAAAUCGAAUUGAGAAAACUUAUUCUGAUGAUUAUCUAGCAGCCUACAGUUAUUUUGCUCAAACUAAACUAUGUGGGAAUAAAUACGCACAGACAUUGAGAUUCUCCUGAUCCUUGUCUGUAUUUGCUCAUGAGUAUGACAGCUGCUUUUCCCAUCACUCAGAACCACUUCCCUUUAUUUCCGCAUGACUUUGCGUCUUUCUGCCUCCUUCCUUCCUCGCAGUUGUUUCCAGUCUUUUUUUAAUGGCAGCGUUGCUGAUGGUUUUUGUUUGGACACGGUACAUAAAUCAGUCUGCAGAGAGGAGGAGGAUAAAGUGUCUGUGAUCGGGCAAGUGUGGAUGAAGAGAAAUUUAUGCUUAAAUUUGUGCGCAAUCACAGGGAAGCCUUAAGUAUGUGCAAGUGCAAAUGGAGAGCUCUCAUAUGUGGUGGCCAAGAACUGCCACUGCUGCAAAUAAAAAAAGAAUGCAAAAAAAAAAAAAAAAACGCAGAAGCUGCUGCAAACUAAAAAAGAAAUGGUGCAGAUAAAAAAAAAGCCACAACGAAAGUUGACGCCAAAAAAAGUGGCAAUGAAAAGAAAAAUUUACUUACUGUGAAAAUAAAAGUAUGCAAAUCCAUUGUGGCUUUUUUUUUUUUUUGCAUCCUUCUAGUUUCAUAAUAAAUAACUUUUUUCCAUUGCCACUUUUUUUUUGCAUUGUUAACUUCCAAUGUGUGUUUUUUUUUUAAUCUGCACCAUUUCUUUUUUUAAUUACAGCAGGCUUCGAUUUCUUUUUAUUUAUUUUUUUGCAUCAGUAACUUCCGUUGUGGCUCCCCCCCCCCCCCCAUCCUUUUAUUUCUGCAGUAAGUAAUUUUUUUUUUUUUGCAUAGGUAACUUCCGAUGUGUUUUUAAUUUUUUUUUUAUCUGCACCAUUUCUUUUUUUAUUUGCAGCAGGCUUCAGUUUCUUUCCUCUUUUCUGCAUCGGUAACUUCUGUUGUGACUUCUUUUUUUGCAUUUUUUUUUUAAUUUUUUUAUUUGAAGCAGAAGCAGUUUUCGGCCACCGUACCCACAUGCACAGGGGCACACAGAAAUGUAGAAGACAAGAAAAUGCAGCAGUAGACUGAUAAUGGUGUCCAGACAUGCUCUUUUUUUGGGUUCCUCUAGACAGCACUAAUCGAUUUGGUGUUCCCAGCCUUUGGCUUGUAAUGCGUAACUGUGAAGUGUGAGUGUGUGAGUUGCGGGGUCAUAGACAUCUAAAUGAAAAACAUUAAACGUGGACAAUAAGCAUGAGAAUGAGGAAAGAUCUGGUGGCAAACUUUGAGUUAGGACACUCAGGGGAGGAUGACUCAAGGACCUCAUCACCACAAACUUUCUCACUCGCCAUUAAAAACUUUCACUUUGAUCAGUCUUUGGACCGAGUUCUCACUCUUUCAGAUUCUCUUUUGCCCUCCUGGGACUCGCAGCCCUCUCCCUCUCACGCAGUCUGUUUUCCAGCUGAUUGUUUGGGGAAGCAAAGACGCCCAAACUGAGGAACACUGAGACGCACACUGAGAGCGUAAAAUGGGUCAUAGCGCUGGCAUCUCUGCGCAUUGGUGACUUUUUUCUCUCUCUGGGAAAUGAACAGAGGCAUCGCUGCACAAAAACAAACAAUCGAGAGUGACAAGAGUUCGUUUUGGUGGGAAAAUCCAAUGCCGCCAAACAGCUGAACCACACUGGCGGGCACGUCUAAUGAAAUGUCCACAUCGCCAACUCAGCCGCGGUUAAGGCUCUCCGCUGUGCGCGCUAUCAUUCACUCUAACCCAAUCCCCGCCAGUCUCGCGCUCUUGCUCAUUAACAGCCACUCACUGUCUGUCCACCGUGCGCGUGAGAAAUCGGAUUAUCGUGGUGCCUCUGUGUUGCGCCUGGUGAGAGGAGAGGGUGUGCGCACGGAGGCUGUGGAUGUGAGCGGUUUGCAGAGCAUCCAGUGAGGCAGAUGCUGGGGAGCAGUUUUCUUCCUGGGCUCGUUAUAUUUCGAUCAGACAGUGACACUUCAUCAGCAUGGCACGCUUUUUAACAACAUUCAACCAUCAUGGGAAAAACUGACCUGUCAGAUAUGUUAUGAUGGAUUCUUCUACCGAUACAACCAGGAUAUGAAAAUGAUUUCCAAAACGCACGGAAGGAGCUUGUGAGAGCAACAACUCCAGUCUUAAAUGGCAGAACUUGAAGUUUGCAGAAAUCUGAGUUUGGAAAAGGGUAAGAGAUCAUUUUCAAGCUUUUUGAAACGUUUGGUUGAUUUGUCUUCACUCAUUAAUGAAAGGGAGCUUUGUGUUCUGCGUGCAGGGUUCAUUUGGAUGCAUACUAACACUACAGAGAGGCUAGAGCCAGUGCGUAAUUCUCUGUUGUACUGUUUUUUUAUGAGAACAUUGCAUAACCCACAGUGAUACCAGCACUAAUUGGCAAUUUGCAUGCUGGAAUUAUUAUGCAGAAUUAAUUUAAAUCGACAGUUUGAUUGCCAAACACCUGAUUUAAUAACAUUUUACCAUCCAUUUUUUGUUCCUAUAAUAACUGAUUGUGUCAGUUCAUGGAGUGCUCUUGAUGGAGAGGACUAGUUAAGAGGCAGGAAACUGUCCUUGGUGCUGAAAAUACCCCUUCAUACUCGACACUAGGGGGCAGAAAAGCCUCUAAAUAUAUGGCUCUGACAGGACCUGCUCUGCCCUCAGUCCCAGUAGGUGUGGAUGUGUGCCGUAUCCUUCACGACCCUGCGUCCUCCCCCCCUGCACCGUCUACAGAAAUUAAGCGACCCCUUGAGAUGUUGAUAGGAUCUGCUGGUGAGAAGAUGCCUCAGAGACUGACCAGUGUCACCACUUGCAGCUCAGAAACAGCUGAAUUGGACAGCCAGGCAGGGCAUGUUAGCGCCUCUCAAUGUGACGGAGCUCUGGGUCGAGCGUUGAUGCCCAAAUUGAAGCCCCAGUCAUCCCAGGGUCAUCAUUGAAACUCCUUUGCUCUCUCCGUUUGCUGUCAAAAAUGUGGCGCAUCACUGGCAGGAUGUGUCAACCUGUCAGUCUUCACCCCAGAAGCCCCGGUGUUUCUUUAUCUCUGUCAGUUGUUGUGUGGAGAGAUGAAGGCCCCUGUCUGCUCUGUGGACAAAUGAGAUGCCUCUUUAUUCGUUUUGGCCACACUUGUGCCCAGAACAGCCGCGCACCACCAUCAGCCUCUUUGCAAAACGGCGUGAAAUGAUGGAGGGAGAGAGGUUUGGACAGUCAGGCACGGCUGCUAAUCUCCUCCACAUGGAGGAAAUGGCUUUUCCAUGUAAAAUGUGUUUUUUGUCAUGCGUCCCUCCCGUUCUGAUGAUGAUGAUAAAUCCCAGCAUGUCCCCCCACCCCCUUUUGUCUCAGCCUCUUUAUUUUCUGUCACCCCAGGGCAAAGAAACAGCUUACAGCCACCACAGGAACAUACUGUCAUCCUUUCAGCUCCGCUUCUCUUUUUAUAGAAUUUCUGGUUAUUUCAGUCUCCUCUUCUCUCCUCUUCACCCCUUCUCUCCUCUUUUUCCAACCAUCUCUUCUUCUGCAUUCUUCUUCUCCAACCUUCUAGUCCCCUUUUUACUCUCAUACUCCUUUCCUUUCCUUUCCUCUUCUCUCUUUACCCCUUCCCUCCUCUUCUCUCCUUUUUUCCCACCCUCUCUUCUUCUGCAUGUCUCUUCUCCAAUCUUCUAGUCCUCUUUUUACUCUCCUUUCCUUUCCUUUCCUUUCCUCUGCUGUCUUAACCUCUCCUUUCCUCUUCUCCCUUCACCCCUUCUCUCCUUUUCUCCCCCCUUUUUCCCACCACCUCUUCUUCUCUAACCCUCUAGUUCUCUUUACUCUUAUACCCCCUUCCUUUCCUUUCCUUUCCUUUCCUUCAAUUCCCUCUCUCCUUGUCUCCUCUUCCUUCAAUUACUUUUCUCCUUAUCUGCCGUUCCUCCCACUCAUUUUCUCUUUCCUCCCCCUCUUUCUUUCCUUGUCUUUCUCUUUUAUCUCCACUUGUUUCCAUUUCCUUUCUCCUUUUUCCUUCAUUCUCUCCUUCUCUUCUUCUUCCUUUCCCCUUUCCUCUUUUAUCCCCAUCUUUCAUUCCCCCUCUUUCAUUUCCUCUGCUUUCCUUGCCAGUUCUAUUUCCCCCUUACCUUAUCUUAUCUUUCUUUAUUUCUUGUUUUCUUAUUUCUUUUUUUGUUCUCUUGACUUUCUUCUCUCUACCCCUUACAUCCCCUUCUUCCUAAUGAACUGUUACGAGCUGAAAUGUGAGGAAAGUAUGAAUUUUGAUAUCAGUUAUUCUUGUGUUGGUAUAAUUGUUGCGCAGACUUUGAAGGUUUUAAAAAGCUGGUCACUGAAUAUCUGAUCAGGAUGUGAUUAAAAAGUCUCUCAGACUGUAAAGCAGAAACUUAAUAUAGAAAAUGUAAAACUGUGCAUAUCUGUAUGAAAUCUUCUGCUUUCACCUAUUUUUCAUUAUUUUUUUCAUUCAAUAUUGUUAAUCAAAUACCUCUGAGUCUCUCAUAUACGGAGGUCCAUUAACAGGCUUCUUCUUCUUCAUCAAUUGAUUCAAUUGAUGCUUGAUUUGCAUUUACAUUGAAUCCUACAGAGGAGUUACAAUCUCUUCAUGCAUGUUGACUUUGCUGCAGGCGCAUCGUCACCAUCCCCCCCAUCAGCUGUACAGAUGUGAAUGCAAAAUAUACCCAAACAUACGUGGCUGCAGCUGGACAGUUUUUUGAAACGAUGAAUCAAACUGUCUGAGUGAGAAAGGAAACCAAAUUAUCCAUAACUACUCGCUUUAAUUUCAUUUCCUCUCACUCCCUCUGCAGUUAAUAAGCUACCCAGAGGCUCGCUCAACUUAAUGCUCUCAGCGAGACUUUUAGGCUUCUUCUGUGUCACCAAAUGUAGCAUCAGAGAGACAGUUAUAUUUCAUUUGAGGCAACAGAGAUCAGACGGUUUGCACAGCAGUCUGGCUCUGCUGCCAAAGAUACUGUAUCUCCAUCUCCUCACAGUCAUCCAGCUUCAGUUUGGGGGGGAAAAAAGAGGAAACCUUAACGUUGCAGAAAAACAGUCAACAUCAAUACCUAACCUCCCCCUCCUUCUCCUCACAUAUAUACUCCCACACACUCGUUAACACACACACACAGAGGCUUCAGUUUCCCUCUUUGAUGUCUGUGCAGUGAACUCCUCCACUCGGGGAGCCCCCUGUAGCAUCUUUGGUGAAUGCAUUAUCAUGCUGCAGUUGUCAUGUGUUUAUUUUUAUUCCGGUGCUGCUUCACACAUGCUCCCCGGGGAGACCCGGGAACCCGUUUGUAACUUUGUUUCUGCCUUGAGUGCCUUUAAUUAGGUGAGGUGGCUGACUGUGAGAUAAGAGUGUGUGCUUCCCCUGUUUCUCCUAACCUUAAAGGCACUAAUGAGUGGGUAUACCAACAUAUUUUGACUUCUAAGGCAUAGAAGAUUUGCGUAAUUAGUUUUCUUUAAAAGGUAUUUAUAUUGGAGUUUGUCGCCCCAGGUUAGUAUAGCUGGUAGCAUUAUUCUGUUAGAGUGUGAAUUACUGAAGCUGUAAUAAUAAAACGCCGCCCCUGGUACGUUUUUAAUUUCUGAAGGAAUCUGCUUAUGCCUAAUAUGUGUGGUAUUGAAUAAAUUUAUGAUGGUGCUUAGGAAAACCCAAAAGAUGACCUGGAAUAACAAACUCUGACAUUUUUUUGUAAUAUAGUGUAAUAUGGUCAUUUGGUUUCUGUUUUUGUAAUGAUUGACAUUCAGUAUGUUUACAUGCACUAAAAAAUUCAUUCUACUGCAAUAGUUGGACUGAAAGGAGAUUUUAAAACACAUUUUAACACAUCAGUCCGACUGAAAUCAAACUCCCUAUCGCUGGACAAACUCACAUGGAGAAUGCAGUUGGAGAUUAGUUUUCUUUUGCAUGUAUACGACUAAAGUGAACCGAAACUGGCCUAGGUGUUCUGCCUGUGCUCCUGUGUUUGCAUGUCAGGUUCUGAGUUGGCGGUUGAGUAGCAUUGCCAGGGAGAAAGAUCAUAAACAAAAUUUUUGAUUGGCAAAGGAAGGAUGUUAUAAAAUUAGCUUCUUGCUUUUCAGCAGCAUUGGGUAUCGCAUACAGGAUGCGUAUUUGGAGCGUGACCACAGCGUAGAGUGGCCCCAGUCAGCUGGGCUCAGUAUAGAGGAAACAACAUGCUCACAACAGGUUGUUUUACCUUCCUCUGGUCUAUUUCAUGCUAAUUUGGAUAUAAUUCAGUGACUGAUAAGUCUCUACUUUAUGUGAAAAAGCAACGUGAUUUUACAGUUUUGGUUUUUGCAGGUUUACUCGUGUUUAAUAAAGUAAACUAUGUUUCUUUAUGCUGUGCUGUUACCUUCAGACAGAGUUAGCAGUUAAAAGUCCUGUUGGGGUCCACAUGGAUCAGGGAUUGACCAUCAUAUUGUUCUGUGUUAAUGAUACACAGUCGGGAGUUCGCAUUUGGUUUUUUAUUUUGAAAUACCGGAUGACAAGCAGGGUUUUAGUGCCUGACUUCCUGUCUGGAGGGAUCUUCUCUGUGUGGAUUGAUGCACAUUGAAAGCGUAGAGCAGCAAAAAUAGACUCACCCCGUAUCUUUAGCAGUGCUGCUCUUGACAUGAUGCUGCGACUGAGCUAAGACGCGUCCUGUAUGCUUUGCUGCAUUGAUCAGAACAGAAACCUAUUUGCUGUGUGAUACGCGACGCUGCUGCCACGCUCCAAAUACGCAUCCUGUAUGUUUUAGCCAUUUGAGACAACCCCAGAAUAACAAGCUAAAAGGGGUCAUGUCACCACUUACCGUAGUAGAGCUGUACAUGCUUCUGUCAGUAUGUUAAUUCUUGCCCAGUACAUGUAAACUGGGAGAAGGACAGCAGUCCUGUGAAAUCGCCUCAUUAAGCUUUAACUGGACUUAACAGUGCUUGAAACGUACUGACUGUAACCAGGUUUACUGUCACUGAGGUUCAGAACUUGGCACCAGCACCCCCCUGACCCCCCUCUGGACAUGGCACUGUUAAUUGGAUAAACAUGGAGGUGUUUGCUAAAUAUCACUCAAUAGCAGCUGACUUAACAUCCUGACAGCUUUCAGUUUUAUCAAAGUUUGUCAUUUAGUAGAAAAAAACUUGAACAUGAGGCUACCUGAGCUGAAAGUUUUCAUAGAAACACUUUAGAUGUUGUCUGUGUCGAAAUCUGUUUCAGCAAAGCACUGACGAGAAAUGAUGGCGUGAAAGAUGUGCUCCUCUGACCUCUGAGCGCCUUUGUUUACUUUCCUGACAGUGACCUCUUCAGGUCGAGUGAACGAUGUUUUAUCCGGAGAGCAAAGGCCAGAGUACGGAGAUGUCUGACUUCUAAAUCUCUCAAGGGGGCGUUUGUUCGAAAGGUGCACAAAUCCAUUUUCCACUUCUCAACAGGCUUCCGGGGGCUUCUUCUUCUUCUUCUUCUUCUUCGAUAAUGGAAGUGAUUUUUCCUCCGACUGUUAAAGCACUACUUUAACUCAAUCAAAAGUUAACCGCCAACACAAGACUGGUCUUUUUGUGGUUUAGAAAGAUGCUCAAAUUGAUCGCAUUGAAAACAAAACAGAGGCAGUUCAAGUGCUUCAGAUUGUUGGUUUGCGAGGACCCUGGUCUUUCAUUAACCAGAGUAAGAAAGCAGCACUUAAGAGGACAUAGAAAACUUGGAUAUUUGUGUUUUGUUUGUGCUCUUGCUGUUUGGAAAUGAUUGAAGCUUUUUUCAUGUUAAACAACUUCCUGUUUCUCAGAAACUGGAAAAUGUAACGUCAGAAUCAGACUUAGUGUGUAGGACCUGAUCUGAACCAAGCUUCCACUUGGAGAAAUUAUGUAAUCAGAGGUUGAGGGUUUAAUUUCAGAUACUUAGUGGCAAUCUUUGGCUUAAGCACCAUCGAUAAAUCUCUGAGAACGGUGACAGAUAUGCUCUUUCACCAGCAGUGGGCAUGUUAUCCCAACAUCCACACCAGAAUCAUGUGGAUUAGAGACUCCAGCUGUUCCUACGGGGAUCAAUGUGAAUGUCUAUCAGUGUCUGCUCUGACUGACAUCUGAAUCAGUCUGUUUCCCGGCCCUUCACCUAUAAAACCUGUUCUUAUUAUGACUUAUUAUGACUCAGUGGGUCUAAAUGAGCCCAACUUAUCAUUCUUGUAAAUCUCUAAUGAACCCACAGUUGACACUUUAUUGUUAAAGCAGGAGGUGGAGUUGGAUUUUGUUAAGCCCAAAUGUUGGUGCUGUCGUAAAUGCGCUGGAACCACUUGUCCCACCAUGUGGUAGCCUGAGUUUCCUCUCACAUUUAUCCUGGAGUCAUUCUGUGUCUCAGAGCUGUGUGCUUGACUAAUUAAAUUUCAUAUGCUGUUGAAUGUCCGGAGAGAAAAUAGAGAAACAAAGAGGACACCGGAUGAUAUGAACUUAAAUGAGAGUCGGUGCACAAAGAAGAAGUAAUGGGAUUACAGGAGGUUUGAUACGGAGUUAAAUGUCUUUGAUUUACACCUGAUAACAACAAAAUUGAUUUAAUGUGAAAAUUUGUCAGACUUUUAAUGAUUUUAUAACAUUUAAUAACGUAAUGCGUUGGUCUAAGAAUAUUUUCAUUAGGCAGAUGGUGAUAAUUGUGCUAAAAGUUGUAGAUUGAUAUUGAAAGUUUAUGCUGCAAUGUGAGUUUUUUGACUAGCAUCAUUUUACUUGACUUCCAUUAAUUGUCAAAGGUUCCCAGACUGACCCUGUCUACCACUGUGGUCACUUCAAUCCAAAAUGAAAACCAACUUGCACCAUUUUUAGACCUCUCUCCAUCGAAUUCAAUCUCCACUCUCCCUGAUGCGAUUGAUUUCCGUCACGUCACUGCUGUGUAAUAAUGUCUAAUGCUGGGAUAUUUUUGGGACUUGACUCUGCCUUGACAGUGUAUGUGGGGAAAAUGUAACCUAGAGGAAGAAAAUCAGCUUAUUUCAUGCAAUGAAAUAACAUUUUCUGGAAAAAAGCAGGCCAUUUUCUCUGAACUUGAACAAAAACGGUUUCCCGCUUCUCUUGGUCGGAGGGCUUUAUGCUGCUUCUGAGUUAAAAAGAAGAAUCAACUCUGGCAUAGGCGCAAAAUUACAUCUAUUAGAAAUAUUGAUAUUCAUUUUCCUUUUAUUCACAGUUGCAUCCAGCUGCUUUGAAAGAGUGUUUCCACUGUCUGAGAAGAUGAUUUCAUUUUUCUAUAGACUGGCAACUCCCACACCUUUCAUUUGUUAGUUUACAAGACAAAAUUUAUUUGAAGCUUCCGUAAGGAACUUGUGUCCAUUUUAGCGCCCCCAACAAAGCAUUUGCAUCAUUUUCUAGCUAGUCUGUGGUAAACCAUGACAUUCAAUGCUGCCAUCGAGGUCAGUGAUUCUUUCGGAUUCAUCCCUUUGGGUUAAGUUUGAGAUUUGUCCCUCGUCAGUUAUUAUAAAAAUCAAAAACAGGUUUUGAAGUAACGUAUAAAUGAGAGUGGGAAAUUUCAGUUGGCCUAAAAACAGACUUAAAUGGGACCAUAAUUUUCAUUUUCAAAUAUCCAUGUUAUUUUCUGUGAUGUUAAAGAAACAGAAACAAUGAGCCACAUCAGCUGUUUUUCUUUUCUCUUUGUGUUGAGUAUCAAAGGAUGUCAGCCUGCAGAAUAACUACCAUACACGGUAAAGGAUGUAUUUCCAACAAAGUAAGCUGCAGUGACGAUUAGUGCCGGAUUAAUCCACAUUCAGGACAUCAGUUCAAGUCAACAGCAGACCUUUAAGUUUCAUCACUUUUCUUCAUGCAACUACAGCAGAAUCACCGUCUCACUCUUUUUAACACCCAGUUUAUAAAAAUCAAGCUUCUGUGAAGCAGCUCAAAUGAUUCCUUGCUGUUCCCUCAUUCCCUAUGCUGUUGAGCAGUAAACCUCACAGCAAUCAAUCACAUGCUAAAUGAUGUUAAAGCUGAAUUCAUUUUCCACAGUUUUUUAAUCAGCCUAAUUACCAAUUAGAUGCACAAAACAAAUUACAGCCAUAAAGUACAUUGACUUUAGAAAGACAGCAUAUACAGUAUUCAACCUGCAGGUAUAGAAAUUCAGAAGUGUUUAUAUAUGCUGAACAGAGAUCUGCAGAUCAACAGGUGCAGUGUGCACUUUUUAAGAGAUAUAGUGGAGUUAUUAUUUUCUUGUUCCAAUCGUAAAAUAUAACAGAUUGAUAAACAAAAUUAUUAGACUUGAGGAUUUUUAGAGGUAAAGGGGAUUUUCCUGCUUUUUGUGUGACACCAGUCACACACCUGAUCUUGUUUUUUUUUUUGUGCUUUUCAACUAUAGUCAGUCAAGUGAGCUCCAUCUGAUGUUUUUUCUUUUUUUGAGAUCUUAAGAAAAUUUCUUAAUCAUUCAUUUCUCAGAGGAAAUAAAAUCUACAGGUGCAUGUUUGCUUAGAGUUUCUGCACAAAUUGAGAGGCUCUUCAACUUAAAAUAAAAAUGAGCGUCAUCCUACACUGCACCAAGCUGCAGAUGGUUUCCCCUGCAAUAACUGAAAUUGAGAAAUUUAGUUGGAAUCACUCAUUUGUGAUCGUGCCAUAUUCUAGGAAAAGCCCUGUGGGUAUUCCAUUAAAUGAAUCAUAGUACCUUUAUAUAGUACUGUGUAGCUGCAGAGGAGGAGGCUCUGUGUGAUAAAAAUCCAGUACCCAUAGUGGAUCAUAUCUGAAAAGGACUUCACCCUCAGUGAGGUCAAGUUAGUGUGAAAUCAUAAAGAUGGACAGAUGUGCUUUUCAUGCAACCUCUGCAGCAAAAACUCACAUGCGGUCAUUCAGACAGACUUAUCCCACAUCAGCCCAUUAAAUCUUCCUUUUAUAGUGCAUUAUCAUGUAUAUUAUGUCAUCGUUCUUAUCCUCGUGGGCCCCGUGGUUUGACCCUAAUGAAGCCCAGACGAUAUGCACAGACUCACAUCUGCUGCACUCUCCUCCUCUCCUCUUCAUAACAUAAAUAAACAACAAUACUGGAGCUCAUAUGCUGGACAUACAUCUGUGCAGCGGGGCAGCAGGUUGGCAGUCACCCCGACACAGCUGCACAUGUUCUGACCGACUCGUGAACAUCAGAGAGAGGUGGAUGUGCACAGCUGCAGGCGGGAGAGGGGAGCAGAUGACCUGCAGACAGGUGGACGUCUGUGUGUGUGUGUUUCCACAGGGAAGACGGUGAGGUGAAUGUGCUGCCUCAGAUCAGAGUACGGACAGACAGCAGGAGCGUUAAGGUUUUUUUUUUUUUUUUUUUGUUAUGAGCGUGGAUGCUUUGUGUCUGAAGAAAGUCUGGACUCUCUGAUGUGAGGGAAGACUUUGUAGCUACAGGUGGAGCUGGUCGCGGUGGGACUGAACUGUGGAAGACUUCUCUGCAGAAAAAUGGAGGGAGUUUGUUCUUCUCUUUUUGGUCCUUCUCAUAAAGUAUCAUCUACUUACAUUUACCGUCCUGCCAAAAAAUCAGCUGUGGUAACUGUGGCGAGUCUUCUGGCACACAAUGUCUACCAUAUCAGUGGCUCUUUGGUGGUGCCGUAUAAAUGCAGACUUCCACAAAUUGGUAAGUUAAUGUCAUUGUAUGUGUGCGUGUGCGUCUGAUUUGCUUCUUUUUCUCACUGAGCCUUAAUGAAAGACACCCUGAAAACAAACUAAAAUGUUCGUUUUUAACAUUUUCUUCUCAUUUCUUCAAACUGAUGUUUGCGUGUAUCAUACUGCAUUUUGAACGCUCCUUUCAGGGACUAUUUUUAGCGCUGGAAAAGAGCAGGAGCUUAUGUUUAUGCAUUAGAGUAUCCCCGGGAUAAUUGAAGCGCUCACUUUCUGCAAACCGUAACUUUGAACCCGUUCAUGUCCUAAUAAGUUGCUGCUCAUUACAUGCAAGAGGAAUUUUGUCUCAUUUUAGCAGUAAUUGUGUGUAAAUGCCAUUUAUUGUGUCUAACUAAAAAAAAUAAUAGAACUUCCACACUACAAAGCAAACCCUCAGGUUAUGAGAGCUGACGGCCCAAACAAAGCAGUAAGAGAAAAACACGAUGACACGCCUCUGUUUGGACAGGUUAAUUUCAGCGUAAUUGCUGUGUUUGUUUAGUCUUUUUAACAGUCAAACCGGCUCGCAGGGUUCAGGCAGUGGUGCCUUAUGUCACAUGAAUAGUGCAUGAAGGAUCAGGGAGAUGCUGCUGAAUAUGAAUUUAUGUAUUUAUGAAUAAAUUAUACCAAAACUCAGACUGUUGUCCACUCCAGUCAAAGUCCUCACAGCAAGCCAAUUAUGGAUCUCUUGCAGGAUUCGAAUAUCAGCCUGAGCAAAGAUGGAAAAAGUCGUAAACAUAAGGUUGCACGGAUGGAUCAGAGUGUUGUGCGUUAUGUUUGCUUCAAAACUAACAGCUCAGAUUGGAAAGUGAUGAAGGAAAACUGCUUUCGAUGCCUGACCGGCAUUGUGUGGGUCUAAGGGAGGCCGGGCUUUGUUCAUCAGGUUAUCACAGAAGCGUUUUUAUCAGCCACCACAUUAAAAUAUGUUUGAUUCGCCCGGGCCUCUGUGGCGAGACGGAGCUUUGAUCUGCUGUCUGUGCUCUGCGUCGACAGAAAUUAAUGUUUUUCCAAAUGCACGUGCACACACAAAACACAAACACAUAGACAUGGAUACACACCUAUGAAUGAUCAUGCAUGAACUCAAUUUCAUGUUGAAUACGAGCAAAGAAAAAGAUGAUUUACAUGUAUUUUUGAUAUCUUUUCUAGAUGAAAAUCUUUUUUUUUUUUGCACUUGACUGGAGAUGUUACAAACAAAUGUCUUUUAAAAUCCAUUUCUGGAGCUGGUACCUCGGACACCUGAGGAUAACCUGCACAUAAAUGCCAGAUAGGGUUGAAAGGACACUGUAGAAAAUAAGACACUAGAUUUGGAGGUUUAAACUUAACAUUAAUCUAAAUCCACCUGCCCUUUAGGUGUGGGCAUUGAUGCUUGAGGGAAAAUGGGAUAUUACAUGGAAGUGGAGGUGUAAUGGCGUGAUUCUUUGAUUUAUCUGCUCUUUCGGGAACCACUUCUAUUCGUUCUCAUCUUUGAUUUCAAAGCAGCUCCCGUCCACCUCUUUCCCUUCGCUCUUCUGCUUCACUAUCUUCACCUUUUACAGGGUUUGAGAUUUCUCUCUUUAUGAUCCUUAUCAUUGCACAUGGAAAGUCAAGAGAGUGAGGAGGGCCUGCAGAAAUGUCAAGGAUUAACAGAGAUAGAUAGACAGCCAAAGAGAAUAGAAGAAGAAAAGCUGUAAAGGUGCCAGCAGCCAGCAUCAGGGAGUACGCAGAGUCUUUCAGGCCGAUACAUACCCGUCCUCUAUUUCUGAAGAGCUGGAUGAAAAAAAAUUGGCCUCUGUUUUCCCUUUCAGGCAUUUCCAGUGAAAUAUAUCUGACUGCCUCUUGGGUAACACUUUUAUGUGUUAAAAUUUCAAAGGAACAGGCAUGUGGACUCGAGUGGCAGUGAAAAGCCUUUAUCCACUUUGGACCCGGUUUAUCAUGUUACAUAUCUGUGGGCUGCAGGCCUGUUCCUGGGCACUCACUCGGCUUUUAUCUGCGUCGCAUCCUCUCCCCCUGAAAAUGAAAAAAGACCCAGAGUAAUGUGCAUGGACACUAAGGAGGGUUUAUGGAUGUGAUCAGUCGGACAGUAAAAUCACAUUGGACAGGGACUGCUGGUGAAUUCAAACCUUAAUGAAGCUGUGAAUAUCACAAGUGGCUGAAAGAGAUAAAUAAUGCACCAAGGCCGAUGUUCUUGUUUCUAAUUAAGUCUUCCUCUGGGUCUAUCCAUGUCUUCAUUGUCCUACAGCACCAUACAGCACACGCACAUCAAUUAUUAACAAGUGUGUGUUUGUAUGCAGUGCUGCUAUGUGAUAAAUAGUCAAAUGUUUUGUAUAAGUGAUGAGUUAAUCAAAAUUUAUCCUAAAGCAGGAUGCAGAAUAUUAAGUGUUGAGUAAAUGUGCUGAAGUGCAGCAGAUGAUGUAAUAGGGCUGGGCGAUAAACCGAAAAUUUACAACGAUAACUGACGGCAUUUUGCCCAUAUUGGUAUAUUGGUUUUGGAUGUGUGUAGGUAGGCUAUGGUCUCAUGUCCCUUUAACCCGGGAUUUUCCACCGCACCUGGAAUGGCUCCAAUCCAGAAUGGCAGCGAUUUUCAUCGUACGGCAAUUCCUACCGGAUCCGUUUGUGAGGCGAAUUUCGUGGUAAAUUACGGACAGCAGGAAUCGCGAGAACUCACAAGUACCCACAGAUUCACGUGCAAUUGCGAGAAAACAAGUUGUCUUUAGCCACAGGGGUUAACCAUAUAAGCAGUAGAUUGUUUCCUUCUAGAGGAGGAAAUCUACUUUUAGACUUAUAAAAUCAGCAUCCUCUCAUCCAUGGUGUCAUCGGGGUGAAAUGCUGUCUAUAAACCUUUCACUUGAUCGUCUUUGAAACAUGUAGUGUUUUAUUUUGAAAAGAAGCCGGAUGUUUAAUUUUGUGUGUCUGUUCUCGACUGCCUUUCCAGCACGGGUUAAUCUGUGUUAAAUUUAUCCAGCAUGCUCCAGCAUUCGGAAGAAAUAGUACUCUUGCGAUCAGCUGCGGAGUCUGGCGAUCCAUAGAGGAACGGAAAGAAGCCGGGGGAAACUGACACAUUGACUUAAAUGGUUAUGUUCAGCUAUAAUCGGCAGAUACGGCCUUUUAAUAGAUGUUUCGGAGGCGGUGGAAAUUGGGGGUUAGAUGCUGUCCUACGUCAGAGACAUGACUCCACCCCGUCCACUCCGUAACAAAGAGGGAAAGACAAGUGAGGAGAUGGAGGAAGGUUCAAAAGUUGAGGCUGAAGUAGACAAAGUUAAUGUGGGAGGGGGUAAACAGCUUGUGGAGUAGUUACCAUCCAUUUAUUGUUAUUGAGAUGAACUGCUCGAUAUAUCAUGAUACUGAUCUGAGGCCAUAUCGCCCAGCCCUAUGAUGUAACCUAACACGGCUCAGAAGUAGCAAUAACUGAUGUUUUAGAAAUUACUUCAGCUGAAUAUUUAAGAUGAAAACGGUCGUUCACAGUGAAGAGGCCAUUAGUAAAUUUAUCUACAACUUCACAUUUUUCCCUCUCGUCUAGCUCUCAUUGCUGCUGCAGGGGUCUAAAGAUGAACCGAUCUGAUCGUAACAAUUCAGAUCUGAGUGCACUGUGGUCUGCUGCACCUUUGGACCAGUAAAAAAUGUCAUGCGGACCGGUCGAUUGGCUCGUUUUAAAGUUGUGGUCUGCUUCGUUUAGCAGCUGAAAGGUCAGAUUUCCAUCUAUGGUCAUGGUGAAAACAAAGCUGAGCCAACACAAGAACAAAUACUGACCUUUUUACUCAUUAUAGAACCUUGAUUUCCAUAAGAUCCGUCUUUGUGUUUUAGGAUAUAUUUAAGUUAAUCAUAUCCCUUAACUUGACAUCUGUCUACAAGCUGUUUUGUGCCUAAAGAGGUGACAUUUGCAUCUAUAAAUAUCAGAUAAAACCUCAUUUUGUCAGAUCUGUUUAUUCCAAUAGAACCGACAGAUUAUGUUUAGAAGUAAAUUGGUGAAAACUCUUGUCCUCACAGCCCUCCGACAGAUUUGGUUUACCUUGGCUUUGUGUGGGUCCUUUUUCAGGAUGCCCAGGUGGUACCUCAUCUCGAUAAACAAGCAUCGUUUCAUGCAAAGGGAACGGUCCCAGUGGAAAUCAGAACCACAGUUCACUGUUUUAUUUACUCGUUUGUCCUCCCUGGUACUGGAUCGUGCUCCCAACAUGGCAGGUUGUGUGACCGACAGUGCAUUCAUGAUUUGUCUGGGGAGAUGACACACAGUCUCAGGCUCAGGUUUAGAUGUUAAUAUUCGUGUGUGUGUAUAAUACACUCCCUGAAGUGGGUAUCAUGGCCUCAAAGAGUAGUGAGAAUAAUAUUUGUGUCUUCUUAAGCCUCUCCGUAGGACACUCGGUCUGUUAACAAGCACUCUGCUCAGCGGGUGCUCCGAUAAGUGUUUAAAUAAAACGUUUUUAUCCUUAAAAGCUUCGACUUCUGUUGUCUUUGAAGAUAAUCGUACAUUGUGUCUCAGCAUGUGUUUUCUUGUAUGUGUCCUUAUAAGGAAAGAUUAUAAGUGCCUUGUAACUUGGGGCAUUUUGUAUUAUCUAAUACCCCCUUUGAGCUACCAGACUGUUGGAGUUUUUAGUUGAAAGCCUGAAGACUCUGAGUCAUUCAGUUUACUUUUUCAUACUUGAGUUAAAACAUGAUUUUGAUUUUAUGCAUGAAUUUACAUCUCUCUGUGCAUUUGACAUGAGAACACUAAGGGUGCAUGAUUACCUUACUUUUUUUUACCAUGAGUCAUUGACAAACAUGCAGUUUUCAUUGCUGUUCAUGCAUUCAGUAUACUGUGUGGUUAAGACUGUGUAAGUUUGUGCUGAAUUACAUCUCUAGUUGGACAUGUCUCUACUGUUCUAUCUUUACCAGAACACAUCCUUUUCAAGUGCAGCCUGUAUGAUCUACUGUAUAUAUUUCUAUAUCACUGCUAAUCUCAAGGCCCUACGACCAGCCCUGACAUUUGGGAAUGUUCUUGGUUGUCCUGAUAUAUUGUCCUCUGUAGGUGUCUGUGCCUGCUGUUCAUUUUCAGUCAGUGUCUGACAUCUUAAAGCUCCUCUGAGUAAUUUUUAACUUUUAAGAAUUAAAAUGAAAUUCACACUGAUGUCUUUUUAUCAUAUACAAAAGCAAACAAGACCACCAGUGACAAGACUGCUGGUUUUUAUUCUUUUCUUUUCAAUGCCUGAAUCUAGUGCAAGGGGUUAGGUGUCUGCCUUCACACCCCUGUUUUAAUCAUUUGUGCCUAAAAUAUUCACAAUAAAUGAUGCAUUUAACUGUCAAAAGUCCAAAGGUUGAGAUUUUUUUGAAAGACUACAUAAGCUUGUAGAGGAAGAGAUAAGCAAAGACUGCUUUGUCCACAGGGGGCGCCAAACUUGAAACUGAAAGUUCUUCACAGGAGUUUUCAAAUUGUUUUGACGAAUGGAGGAGCUACAGCUAGAGGAGUUGUUCUCUACAUCCUCUCUUAUUUAUACCUUAAGAAACUCAUGUCUGGUUGUAACAUCAUGACUCCUGUAGGACAAAGAGAAGAGCUGGGAGCAGAAAAGCUGGAGAACUUUCUAAAACUUUUAGUUAUUCAGCACCACGGCAAAAAACUUGAGGAUGUGUGUGCACCUAUGGGAGAUUGCAGAGCAGGAGGAGAGUCAGUCUCAGAGCCACAGAGCCUUGACUUUUGGUCCUGUGGGGAAGUUCACAGCUCUGUUAAGACCCUUUUGUUUUGAGUAGAAGCUGUAGGAUCACAUUUUGAAUCACUGCAAGGCAUCUUCUCAGCUGUAACAACCAACUCCAUCUCUUGAGACAAAUUAUAGACAAUACCUGCCUGGUUUUACUCCAGGAUAUGAAAUCGUUUAAUUUAAAUGUUUCAUAUUAUUCCUCACCUGUAGUUGUCUGUAUUUAAUUAGCAGCAUCAGAGGUCUAUUAUUUACAAGUCCAUCUGGAAAUAGGGCAAAGGGAGUGUUGCAAAGUGUUUGUGCGUGAAAUAAAUGAAGCAAAUGCUGUUUGAGUGAAUUCCUCGGUAAAUACCAAUAUUUAAACAAAACAUUGUUAGCAAACUCUUAGCAUCAAGAGCAUGUACAAAUAGCAUGCUAAACAUCUGCUCCAUCCACACUUCUAUAUCGUCAAACACAUGCACCAGUGCACACACACAGACACAGAGACAUAGACAUGCACAGGCAGACACUCUCCACUAAUGAGGCUCGAAAUCUCGUUGUGUUUCUGCUGUCGUCCUCGUCUGUGUUGCUGCCACCAGCUGCCACAAAAAGUAACAGGUUUGAAGUUUUAUCUUUUAUGUAUCUCGGUGCUGGACAGUAGCAGGCAGGGAGGCAAUCAAACAUAGAGCUGCUCCUCUCCAUCAUUUCACUCUCUCUGCUCUCCUCUUCACAGCUCUCCACCACUUUCCCACUCGUUCCCUCCCCACACUCCCCCCUCUGUUUCAGCCAUCUUUAAUUGAACAUUCGCCUAUAGAUAAAUGUAAGGAUUUUUUUUCUCCUCAGGGUGUACAAUACUACUGCAGGCUGCUGGAAAAGAGGGAGAGCUGUCGUCUCUGCUCACUGUGAAACAAUUGAGCGCUGUUGAAUGCCGUGCAAUUAGCAUGCAAGAGUGUUGAUGUACUGCAAAACAGCCAAUGUGCUCGACAUCUUGUGAGCAAACAUUCAUUUAAGCCUGUUUAAACAUGACCUAUUAUUCUCUUUUUCACUCUUGUCUAUCUGGGACACCAAAUAUAAAGCCUUUAAUAACUGCAGCUGAGAAAACUCCUCAUUCAUCAUGUACUGGUGUCCAUGAAAACUCUCACUGCAGCACUUUUCAGCCUCUCUGUAACAUUUACCUACAACUUGUGAUUCUGAGCAUUUGGGAGGGUCUUCAUAGGUGAAUCAGCCCCAGGUUACAGUAGCAGCUGAGGCAUCAAUCCAGCUUGUACUGGUCUUUGUUUACAACAGAGUCAUCUGUGAAUUGGCCCUGCCUGCCAGCGACAUUGUGGCUGUAGCCUUGAAAACAUAAGAGAACAGAAGAGGAAGAGAAAAACAUGAGAAGAGAAAAUAGCUGUGACUUUCAGACUUGUCGAAUCAACAGAGUGCAAAAUAAAGAGUGUCUGUGAAAGUCUAAACCAACUCAAAUAAUCCCAACCUCACAUGCAGAUUUUCUCAUCUGUGGCUGGUCCUCCAGCAGGCAGACAGUUUGGCAUACAUAGACUCUUAAUUGCUGAAUUUUCUUGAAAAACCAUAACAGUCCAAAAUGGAUGGUCCUGUAACUCGAGAGGGUUCUGAAACCUUCACUGGAAACAUUUAAUUGGGACUAAAUUCUGUGGAAGAAACUUUUCCAAUGCAAAAUCACAUACAGAACUUUUUCCUUUGAAUAAGAAGUUGGAGAAGAAACAAAAUGCCCUUAAAGGCAUGGUUGAUGAUUGGAGAAGCAGUUCAAAAAGAACUGAUCCAUAGAGGUAGAUUUGAAAAAAGUGUCCCACCCCCACUCACAAACCUCUUCCCUCUGUGCUCCAUGAUAGGCCGGCAGAAGAUCCUACGCUAGCUUCAAAUAGGAUUCACCAUGUCAGAUUGCUCGUGACUGGCGACAGUAAACGCCAGCUCCUGUAGCUAAGCCGCAACGCUACUUUUAGCUGCUCAAGAGCUCCGAGGAGGGCCGGGAGAGUGGGAGGGGACGAGUCGGAACUACAGGAGAGGGAUGUGUCGAAUACAGCGAGGUUAUUGGAUGGAGAGGCGGAGCAGGAGAUUGACCAAUGGGAGCUGUCUGGGACGAAUGGCUCCCAUUGGUCGAUGUUUUUGCAGCCCUGCACCUGCGAGGGUAAACAGAUUUUUUCCAUUCUUUUUUCUCUUCACUUUGUGGAGAUCGCACUCUAGGACCAUGAUCGCCAUAUAAACAAGGUUCAUAAUUUUUACCAAUUUCUCCAAUCGUAAACCAUGCCUUUAAAUAACAUUUUCAGUAAAACCUUAUCUACUUUUACCUCUGUUGUUCUGGUUAAGACCACUGAGACUGAUCUCCUAACAAAAAUAAGAACAUUUUAACUCGGUUUUGGCCGGCCUUAAAUUCAGUAAAAUCUUUCACCUGCUCCAGCGUGAUAUGGAGAUUUCCUUUUGAACUCCCUCACAGACCCAAACUGAAUCUUUUAACAGCGAGAGACACACACGUAUACUUCAGCUUUCUCCUUCUUCCAUCUCUCCUCUGCCUCCCAUCGCAGGUUAGUGGGUAACAGAAAAGCAGCCUUGUGCGCUCACACAGUAGCAUCUCUGUUGUAGUUUGGACUCUGACCCACAUCAGCUGGUGGCUGCGGCCAUAACUGAACAAACUGUGACACUUUGCCUGAUUUCUUCCUGGAAAAGGACAAAUAAAGCCAGACACCUGUUCCCUUUAUGUCUUCCUACAGCGCUCCACUGACCUCAGUGUUUGUGUUUUUGUCCUGCAGUGGAGCGAUGCAUGAGUGUGAUGCAGUCCGGGACACAGAUGGUCAAGCUGAAGGCAGGAUCCAAAGGGUUGGUGAGACUCUUCUACCUGGAUGAACAUCGCUCCUGCAUUCGCUGGAAGCCCUCACGAAAGAGUGAGAAGGCCAAGAGUGAGUAUGCAUGGACACACUUGAACACACAUGAAACAUAUGCAAAAACAGCUGCAUGCACAGAUUCAAUAGAGUGUGCAUACAGUCUCUUUCAACAACUCCAGGCUAGCAAAAUUUGGUCAUGUAUUUGAAAAUGCACGUCCAAAUUCCUUGAACUUUCAGUGUAGAUGAAAGCGCUUUGAUGACAUCUUCAAGAGGUGGAUUCUUACACUACAUUACCAUCGCCCUUGACAGACUAGCUGCCUCAUCAAUCCCUCCAUUAGUAUGAUAUGGAAUUAUGUACCUGUUUUUGUCCUUGAAAUUAAGGUUGUGUUCACACCAAAAGGUCAGUUUUUAUACAUUGAUGAUACCAUUGUUGCAAUUUCUCAACUGGUGCGGUUUGCGUUCACAAAGGCCAAACUCAAACAGUCCAAAAAUUGUCACGUUGCAGCAAAUGCCGUUCAGUGAUUGCUCAUACAGUUUGGGCGGAUAGAUGACAAAUCCCUCACAAUUUUUACUGGUCAUCAUGGAGCAUCGUCUGCUCAUUUUUAUGUCUUUAACAGACUUUAACAGACUGUGCAUAUGAACGGCUGCGAAGACUGCGGCAAUUAAAUAAUCUAUUCAUACACGCACGUCGCAGGAGACGUUCUACAACCGGUCAUAUCACAGAAGACGACAGGCAAUAAUUAGAGCCUACCUCGAUGUUUUUUCGAGGCGCGCUUCCUGUGAUUGGUGUGGAUGGGGUUCACACCAGAAGUAAACCGCUCUAGAGGUCACUUGAUAGUGGUCUGAGACCACCCCUACCAGGUGGACCCGAUAGAGGUUGACUUGUCGGCACCAGAGUUUGAGGCUAGUGUUCACACCAACCAAAAUGAACCGCACCAAGGAGGUAAACGCUCCAGGGUUCAGUUCAACUGGACUAAACAAGGCUGGUGUGAACACGACAUAAGUUUACAGAAAAAAUGAAAGGCGAGAUAAGUGUAUGAGGUUCCCAAAUGCUGCUCCAUAACCACCCCAUUAUCUUUGACUGUAGAGAAGCAGAAAAGCUGCAUUGUUCAUCUUUUUUUGUUAUAUUUAAACACUUGUACUUUUUAUUUGAAGCCGUCCAAAGUGACUUGGUUAGUAUCAGAAUCACCCAAAUCAAAAACUCUUCUUUUUUUGCUCUGCAGGCUGUUCUUUGAAGUCAAAGUCCUUUGGUAUUUGCGCCUGACUGACAAUUACAAUCCGCUGUAGCUGAGAUGGUUUUGUUUCAAAGACUUAAUGAUUUUUGUAAGGGAGUUAAACCUGAUAGAUACGUUAGCCAAAGCUUCAAAAACCUGAGCUGAAAUUUAAUCUAAAAGUUACAUAAUGAUGAUAAUAUUAAUUUUAUUUCUGUAUCAUGUUGUCAAACACUCUGCAGAUUGUCUCUACCUCUAUGUGCCUUUUUCCCCUCAAAGUCGCCACACUGCUCGGUCUCUGAGGGGAUUAUGGUUGUAUAUAUGUCAGCACCCACUCAAACAUCAUGUUAUUUUUAUACUUCCCUGGUUUUAUGGCUCAACCUUGUGACAUAUAUAUUUACAUUUAUGCCCGUAGGUUAAGGGUCUCGCUCCUCUAUGUGUUUCAAUGGCAGUUUGUAUGUGCGCUCGCUUCGUAUAAGCCGCUUUGUUCUUCUGUUGACAUGAUUGAGAGAAACACAGCAGCCGCCUGGUUCUUUUAUUACAUUAUACACGUGUGUGUGUGUGUUUGUUUGGUGUGUAUGUAAAUACAGCCACUGCAUUGUCUCUCUCUUCAUCUAAAUUUUAGAGAUGAGGUUAUGAAAAGAGAUGAGAAAGCUGGGAGUUAUUAGGUAAUGGAUUUUGAUCAUAUUAGAAUUGAUGUAUUUUAGGGUAAAUGUGAAGGUAAUUAAUCAAAUAAAAUCAUCAUAUUUGUCUUUUGUAAGAUCAAUUCAUGGAAUUGAUGUUUUCAAAUUAAUAAAUACUUCUGAUCAAACAUGACACAUGAAAGGAUCACCAGUCAGAGGAAACAGACAGAGCGAACAGACAGAUCGAGCAAAUGUGUAGCGAUGUUGGACCAGACGGUUUUCCACAGGCUGUUUUUCUCUCCUAACAAAGACGCAGAUCAAAGAUGGCUGAGCUCGUACUCCAAUCUCAUUAAACCAUGAUGCACCCCGACGCCUCGAAGAACUACUUUCUCUGUUUAUUUUUAUACAUGAUGGUUUUUCUAGUUUUAUUUAUGUACAUUUUAAUCUUUUGCUCUGAUUGACUGAUUGAUUUGCCGUCUCCAUUCCUCAAGUACUGGGAGUGACUGUGCACAUGACUGCUGUAUUAAUGAGCGAGACGACUGUUAUUUUAUAUGUUUCUCAUAUAGAAGAGAUCAAAACAAACAGGUGGAGCCAGUUUGAUGAUAUUUUUGAUAUCUGCACACUUUUUGUUGCUCUCAGCCCCGAGUGGACUUAAUAAGGUAUUAUCUCUACUUACCUUGGAUUCACCUUCAGGAUGGAGUAAACUCCUUUGCUUUGCAUUGGAGUCAGCCUCACCUUAUUGGGAUUAUAUUUGGUAUAAUCCCCAGUCUACUAAAUCUUAUCCUGCUCUCAGUCCUGGGAGUGAAUAUUGUUUUUAAGAUGGUAUAAUUACUCUCACAGCUAGAAAAUAAUCCCUCAGUUUUAAUAGUUGGUAGCAUUUUUAUAGCAACAUUAUUCUUAUUAACAAACGUACGGGUGGAAAUACCUGUUUUAUUUGUGGUAACAUUUUCACAGAGGGUGCCAAACUUGAUUUGAGCAUUUUCUUCUCACUUUUUCAGUCCUAUAUCAUUUUUAUGUUUUCUUCAAUUUGAUAGAUGUCUCUUUCAAUCUGCUUCUUAUGUGUUUUGAUAUCCUUUUAUAAUUUCAAAGUUGUUUUUACCGCUCAUCCACCGUUAAUCAUCGAUCCAUAGUUUUAUACGCCCCAAAUGUAUUGCGAGCUACUGUUAUAUUAAAAAUAUCAUCCAUGUUAUCUUUCAGGGGGUGAUGCUUUUGACACACUGUCAAUAGAAAGAGGUGAAAUAAUCAGUAUAAUUCAUUUUUCUUCCUUGUUUUCACUAUCAUUGCCUUCGCUGUUGAGAAUGCAUACAUUGAGUUAUGGAGUUUUGACAAAUCAGAAUCAAGAAUAACAGAUCAUACCAAUUCACUUUGACUCUUUAAAGGCCAUGUGGUCCCAAAUAAGCAUCUGCAAACUUUAUUCAAACAGAUCUACUUGGACAUAUUUUUGUCAUUUAGAGAAAUUAUGAUCAUUUUUAAAGGCUGUUUAGGGAGUUUUUAACUGUUGACUGAAACUGACGGCUUUCUAUAACCUUAAAAAGCAAACAACACCAUCAGCAACAAGACUUAUGUCGUUUUUGGUGCCCCAAACUGUCCAAAAAAAGUUUGGUAACGUUAAUAAUUAUUUUAUGUGCAGCAGUGUGCCUACCUUAUAAAUCAAGUUAUUUAGUCUUUUGAGAAAGAAUCACAAAAGAGUAAUUACUGGCAAGGACGUUGAGUCUCUUGAUUACAAGAAAAUUUCUCUUUCUUCUUCCCCUCUUCAUCAGUCACCAUCGACUCGCUCUACAAAGUGACAGAGGGAGGCCAAUCAGACAUCUUCCAUCGGCAUGCAGAUGGCAGCUUUGACCCAGCCUGCUGUUUCACCGUGUACCACGGAAACCACAUGGAGUCCCUCGACCUGGUGACGUCAAACACAGAGGAAGCCAGGACCUGGAUCACCGGCCUCCGCUACCUGAUGGCUGGGAUCAGCGACGAGGACUCGCUGGCCAAACGGCAGCGCACACACGACCAAUAUCCUCUAAAGAGACAGGAAGUGUGGCACAGUAAACUCUGUGUCUUGUCGCGUUAACUUUGAGAGAGCAUCGUUGUUGUGUUGGUUUUAUUCCCACAUGAUACAAAAUCUUGUUUUCCUUAAUGUGGGUGAUACGUGGCUGAAGCAGACGUUUGAGGAGGCUGAUAAAAACGGAGACGGUCUCCUGAACAUCGAGGAGAUUUACCAACUUCUUCACAAGCUGAAUGUGAAUCUGCCACGCAGGAAGGUCAAGCAAAUGUUUCAGGUGAGAAAAUCAGGAUGUAUCAGUUUCUUUAAUUUCUGCGUUGAUAUGCUCCUGCAUAUCCCGCAUCUCUGUAUCUCUUUAUAUUAUCAGUCAUAUUUGGUAAUGCCAAAUUCUUCUAAACUAUUGUGGAUUACUCUCAUCACUAUUUAAUAACCCAGACAGUAGUUACAGUGUCAUUUUAUUGUCUUUUUCUGUAAUAAAUCGACUAUAAACACAAAUUUGUCAGUCCAAGCAAGACAGUCUGAUACACAGGUUUGCAGGGAGACCACUGCUCAGGUGUUAUUUUGAGGCACAGGUGAGAAAAAGUAAAAGUUUAGGUGCUUGUUCAGUUCACCUGUUGACUGUCCCACUUUAUUCCUUUUUCUCUCUUUCCUGUACAAGAUAACAGAAUGAAACAAACACCCCCAAAACAUUUAAAACAAUGUUUUGAUGCAUCAUACAGCACUGUCAUAACAUUCACUGUAAUAGACUGGUACUGUGUUUAUGAUGCACUCUAACUCCCACCCAGUGACAACCAGGAUCUGCUACAGUUUGCCCCCAAGUUGGUAUAAAUGGUGAAAAUUGUAAGCUGGAUCAUUUUGCUCAAGAUCCAAACGGGUCACUAAAGUAUCAGAUUUAAUUUAGAUGUUUCCAUUAGCCAUAAAAAAGAAAACAAUCUGUGUGUGUUUGUAUUUGUCAGUGUAUUGUCCUUGAGUGAGACACUAAACCCCAAGUAGUGACUGUGAGAUGGUGUGAGAAUGUUAUGAGUGCUGACGGGCAGUCAGGGCACUUCACAUAACAGCCUCUGCCGUCUGUGCACAGUGAGCACUGUCUGGGAUAUCUGUGUUGACAUUUGGUUGAAAGCGAUGAAAUCAGGGUUGGACGUUGAAUCCCUAAUUUUCUAGUUCUGGACUGGCCAAAUAUGGCAGCUGAUACAUACAACAUUAAUGUGUCAGAAAACACUUUAAAAAAAUGAUAAAUUGGUUAUUUUGGGGGUAGAAGUGAUUACUGUGCCAGCAUCAUCCCAGGUGUUUUUGCCUUUUAUGAAAAGACAUGUUUGUUUUUCACAUUUUUCAGUCUUUGGCAGGUUGAAAAAAAAAAAAAAAGGUCACUCUGUGUCUGAAUGUGUGGAUGUAGCGCCCACAGAAAGCAUCAUCAGACUUGGUAAACUUCAGCUUUUGAAAAAAGACUAGUUGUGCCAUUUAAAAAAAGUCUCUUCUGUCGCUCUUAAACUGUUUUUACAGUCGCAGUAUUCUCAAAAAAAUCGAUAAAUCAUCCAAAGUUUUACUCAACUCAACUCAACUCAACUUUAUUUGUUAAGCACUUUAAAACAACCACAGCUGAACAAAGUGCUGUACAUAACUAGACAAAACAACAAGAUAAAAAACAAUCAAAAAACAAUUAAAACAAUGGAUAAAAUAAAAGCAGAAUUAAAAGUAAAAUAUAGUUUCAAUGUUUUUAAAAACUAAUUUAUAAACAUAGAAACAUAUAACUAAAAACAAACCAUAAAACACUAAAACAGGAGCAGAGUCUCAUGCAGGGUUAAAAGCCAAUGAAUAAAAAUGGCUUUUAAGACGACUUUUAAAAAAUGCUUCAUCCCCUCGUCCUUAUGCUUGGUUCAGUGGAUCUCUAAGUAUGUCUAUCCAUGGUGUGUUGCACUGUUUUUGCACCAUAAAACAACUCGCUCUUUGGGUUGAGAUAAGACAGAAACUUAUUAAUUUAUCACUUUUCUUGUAAGCAUUGGCAGACAGCAGCAUGGCAGCCUGAACAGCUUGUGCUGCUGCUUAAAAUACCCUGAAAGUCUUUGUUUCCUUUCCAUGCAUUUCUGAUAAAGUCCAUUACAGUGAUUCAUCCUGCUGGUUGUGUGCACAUUCUGUCUGUGAUCGAGUCCCCCUGAAGCCCAAAGCAAGCUCAUUAUGGGACCGGGAUGGAAGCAUUAGCCGGUAUUAUUAGAUUUGGUGUACAGUGCAAUGGACCCUUGCGAGAUCCAGGUAAUAUGAGACGAGGGAUCCCAGCAAGCAAAUGGGGCAAAGGUACGGGAUGGAAACAGUAGGGAGCAAAGCUGUGUAUGUCCUCAGGCAACGUGUAGUCAGAGAUAAGUGUAGGAAAGACAUAACAGGCAGGGUUUGAUGUCUUAGGAGGAGUGUGUUGAAUUGCUGCUGUGAAUUUGUGUUAGGAAGAACAUGACAGGAGAUGGAGAAAAAAGGAGACGGCAGUUUGCAGACACAUGCGUGCAGCUGUUUCACCUGAGCAGACUGUUUGAUUUUUCCUUUCAAGAAUAGUGGAUCCAUCAUUUGGUGUCAUUAUUUGUGCGAUGAUGUACCUCCUCAUUCAUUGUUUGUUUGUGUCUGCUGGUUUCUUGUCAGGAGAAGACUCGUUUUAUUGUGUUUUGGCAACAGGAGUUGUAUCGUCAUUUGCAUCAUAGACAGUUUACACACGCAGCUGCUCGACACGUCAAAUUAUAAUGAAAGGCAAUUUGUAUGAUUCAGUUCACAACAACUUAUUUGGGUUAUUUUUCAAUCACAUUCUUCCCGGGCAGGAACUCAGGAGGUAGAGCAGUCACUUAAUAACCAGAAGGUUGGCGGUUUGUUUUCCCCCUAUCCCAAGUCUGUCCGUUGUGUCCUUCGGCGAGACACGUAACCCACCUUGCUCCCAGUGUGUGUCCUGCACUGGUGUGUGAUUGUGAGUGUUGUGUGUGUGGUGGUCGGAGAGGCCAUAGGCGCAAACUGGCAGCCAUGUUUCUGUCAGUCUGCCCCAGGGCAGCGGUGACUACUAAGGUAGUUUACCACCACCAAGGUGUGACUGUGUGAGCGAAUGAAUGAUGCAUCCAAUUUAAAGCACUUUGAAGGUCUCUGAUAAAGCGCUAUAAAAAUCUGAUGCAUUAUUAUUAUUAAAAUUAGAAUAAGGUUCUGCCAUUUUUCUUCUUCUUGAAUGUACCAGGAUAGGGAGCUGCUCAAACAAGAGUCUUUUGUCUUCAUUUUUACAACCUAAAGAGGUGACUUGUGUGAAAAUAUGAUACCUGUAAAAAAACAACCGCUGCAAAGUAGUCCAACACUUAUCAGACUAACUCCAUCUUUUAUACACUUUUAAAUUUUAUCUGUUGUUCAGUAAAUGAGGAUUUAGUUUGGGAUCUGGUUGUUGGUUUACAGAGGAGUGAACAAGAAGCUGUAGAGGCCCACCUUUGGGGCACUCCUGAGGUGCAUUAAGGCACCAAAAUUGCAACUGCUGAAGGCCUCUGUCUGAGUGCAGCCCCUUCACACAGAUGUAUCUCUGUUUGUUCUGUUUGCGCCUGUAUGUGUGUGUUUGUGUGUUUAAAGCCUCUGACCAUGUUCAAUAACACAGAGAGAGAGAGAGAGAGAAAAAAGAUUUCCCCCGCUGGGACCAUCAAGUAUGUCUUAAAGGGAAGACAGAGCUCAGCGUAAAGCCAAUGUCACCUUCAGCUGCAGCUUUGAAGCAAAAUACAAUCAGUAUCAAAAGCAACCAGGUCUUGCAAUCAUGUUAUUAAGCAGACGUAAAUAUGCAGCGCUAGUGCAUGCAAAUACCAUGCAAUGCAAAACAUUGAAACGGUGAAUUAAUACCACUUCACUGCAUUCUAGUUUGAUCUGAUUGUGACUCAGCCUUAGCUGGUGAUGAGCUUAUGAUGUAUCCUCUCCUCGCCCUCACAGGAAGCAGACACAGACGACCAGCAGGGCACGCUGACCUACGAGGAGUUCUCCGUCUUCUACAGGAUGAUGUCAAUGAGGCGCGACCUGUUCCUGCUGAUGAUGGCGUACAGCGACAGAAAGGACCACCUGACAGCUGAGGAGCUGGCUAACUUCCUGCACAAUGAGCAGAAGGUCAGGAGUCAAAGUGGUCUUGGGUUAAAUGGGGUAAAAUGUUCCAAAAGGAUUUUUAGUACAAGGUGUCCAGAGUGCUUGAAAUUUGGGGUUUGAGUCAGUAGAUGGAUGGGUUUUGUCCCUGCUCCCUCUCUUUAGUGAAACUUCAUGUUACUCCGGCUGUCUCUCCAGAGGAACCCGCUCCUCUAAGCCAAUCUAUCACUCCUAAAAUUGGUUUUCCUCCCGGGAUCCCCUCUCUUGUUCUUUACAGUUUUUUUCCAUGCUGUUAUUUCUCUUACAGCUUUAUUUUUCUUUCCUACUUCCAUCACAGCCUCUUACACAGCAAAAAUGUCAUUUUUCUUAUUAUGCUGUGUUUACUGUCUCUCGUCAGCCAUGCUUGACAUUAAUUCUGCUCCAGACACGCCUGUUCAACAUGAUUUAUAAUUGAUUUUACAGCUUCACAAAUGUGCCACAGAAAUGGGAAGUUACUCACACUUUAUUAACAUUCAUUAAAUCGUUACAUAUAACACGUCAAAUGCUUAAUCUAAUAUCAUGAUUUUUUCUCUUUAGAUGGCCAACCUGACCCCAGAGUUCGUGGCAGAGAUCAUUGACAAGUUUGAGGUGUCUGAUGAGAAUAAACAAAGAGGCAUCAUGGGGAUCGAAGGUAAUUCCUCCAUUUCUUCUCCCGUCUGCUUUUUCUUUUUUCCUAUAAUCCUCUUAGCAGGUCAUCAAUUCAAUCAACCAAUUUGAUUAAUCCAUCGUGAUUACUUUUUAUUUUCAUUGAAAUGAAUGUCUCAAAACAACGCUAGGAGAAAUGCCAUUAGGACUUCUUCAGGAGGUUUGUUAUUAAAUGACGUAAGCUUGAGCGAUUUAUCAAUGCUAAUUUUACGCCGUAUUUUCAACAUGAAUGGUAAACGCUGUGUGAAAUGUGAUUAACAAAUUAGCCGUGCAACAAAACUGGCUUUUUUUUUUGGUUAAAUGCUUUUUCCUUUUUCUCCCAAAGAGAAUUGAAACAAAGAAGUGAAUGUAAAACUCCUCUAAAGGAUUGAAACCACUGGAGAUAUCUAGAAUAAGGUUUUAAUUUUAUGAGAAAUAAAGUUGUCAAAGAGAAAAGAGGGUAAAUUCAUGCGGAUGAAGUUAUAAACAAAAGAGAUCAGAGUCUUUUGUAAUUUUGUAAUUUUACAAGAAACACACUGAGGGAGAAACUUAAUUCGCAGUAAGAUACAGACAACAAUAGAGCAACUCAAGCAGUUACAAAUGAAUAAUCGGUUCAAGUAAGGGUGUGGAAGUGAAAAGAGAAGCAAGAAUAAAACAUGCUAUCAUCGAUUGAUAAACAAUGCAACCCACAACAGUAAUCAAUAAAACAGUUAAAAGCCAUCAGAGAAAUACAAAUAUUAGAGGCAAUCCAAUUAAAACCAAUAAGAGACGAAGAACACCGACCAUCCUGUAAUUUCAUCCUCGAUAGCCGAAGGCAAGCAGAGGUUCUGGUUGCAGAAGUCUGCCUGAUAGCCUUCAAAAUAGACUCCAUUUUUAGCAUUAACUAUUAAGAAGGCCUGAUUUUAUGAGAACAUGGUGCAGAUGCAUGAAUCCAUUGAGCAUUCAGUUAUUUAUGAAAUCUAUAUGAGUAUACCCUUGACAGGUGCUUUAUGUUCUUCAUUUCAGCGCAGACAGAUGGCUGUUUACCUUAUCUUUUCCCUAAAAUCCAUUUUUCUUCUAAUUCUCACUGAUUUUUACUUUAUUCAUUAAUUUUGUCCUCAUAAUCUUAACUUUUUCUCCAAUGGUGAUGCCUCAGUAUUAUGUCAUUCAAACACAUCAGAAACUGGGCUGUCUUAAAAUCAGAUGUUUGCCCUAUGAUAAUGAAAUAUCCCAAUUAUAAGAUCAAGAUAAGAUAAGAUAAGAAAUUCCUUUAUUAAUUUACACAGGGAUAAAUACAAAAGAGAAAUUAAAGAUACAAAUUUAAAUCAGACAUGCGUGUUAUUUACAGCUGUUAUGCACUUUUGAUAUAUUACAGUUGGAAAAUUUGAGUUAUUUAUAUGUAUAACUUUAUACACAUAAUAGGCAUACACGUGUGUACAGAAUAUACAUAAACAUUAUCACAAUAUUUAUGGAAAACUUGAGAUUUGAAACAACACAGAAAGUUAAAUUGAGAAAAGGUAAUAUAAAUGUUCAUAGAUAUAAGUCCAUAAAUGUGACUGAUAAACACAACUAACUUACAUGUCAUCAUCCGGCUCUGAUGAUAUUCAAAGUUAUGAUUUAUCAACAUUGUUGGACAUGUAACUUAAACUCCUUUAGGGGAGACAUUCACGUACGAUUGUUUGUUUUGCUUUUAUUUUGAUUUUUUCCCAGUCUUUUGCUAAUCGUACGCUUUUAUUUUGAAAUAUGAGCUAGAACUGAUGGAUCUGAACUGAUUGAAAACAGUUAAAAGAACAGUUAGAGAGUAUAAAUGUUCAUUUCAUAACCUAGAGAAGUGAAGUUUUGCAUUGGUGUGUAUUUUGGAGUUCCAUUUCAGAAAAUGCUAAAUGUCAUUAAAGGGUGAGCUGUUGGGAAAAAUGGGAUUUGGUAAGAAAAGCCAGAGAGAGGAAAUGAAAAUCGAGGACGGUAGAAAAAGAGAAAAUGAGAGUGUGUCAGAAAUAAAAGGAGUGAGUAUGUGGAGAGGAGGGGGAGGAGGAGGAAGAAGGGUGAGACUAAUCUCGAUGUUGGAGGCAUGAAGGCUAACGCAGUGUGUGUCUGACUGAUCACACCAGUAUGUCUGAUGUCUACUCUGCACGCAUGAAAUGUGGGUGUUUAACAAUGAAAUAAGCACAGUUGUGAUAGUAAUGUCGAAACAGUCAUAUCAAACAGUCUUUUACAGUGUGAUCAUGUGCCGUUUCCAUCAGUAUCUGAAUCAGAUUUCCAGGUCAGUUCUCUGAAGGAUUCAUUUCACAGGCAUACUGUUAAAUUCCGUUUUCAGCCGUGAUCCUACUGAGAUGAGAUUGCGUGUCCGAUUUCAUCGCUGACUCCCCAUAACAAAAAUAUUUCCAAUAUUUGCAUCACGUUUUCUCAUCUCACCCUCACAGUCUCCGUUUCCACAUUAAGCGUCUACUUUCCCUUCCCUCUUCUGCUCUCUGGUUUAUCUCCUGCUUUGGGUAUUCCCGUCUCAUUUUCAUCCUCCUCUCUGGAUGAAAGGAUGCUUCCUCCCCCUCAGUCCUCUUCAUGCUGUAGUAUAGAAAUAACGUUGGCUGUGUGAAGUCAGUACACCAGGGUGGUUUCAAACCUCUUCACUUAGGUUUGAGUGUUCCUGACCGUCUCCUAUUGCUCAUUUCCUGGAGAUCCAUCCACUAAUACAGAGAUUUCAUGGAUGUCACUAUGAGAGGCUGUUGAAAGUGACACAUGACCUUGUUUCUGGUUGUUGAAAAUAGAAACCUUUCUGUCUUUUGCUCACUAACCUAACGAAAAACCAGGCGUCACUGGUUUAAAAAAUCACAGUACCUUUUUGAUACCAUAAGCAAUGAUUUCUACAUUAAAACUGUCAUGUCAGGAUCUGUUGACAAAGUGUGCUAACCUUGACUGUAUGCAUUAUGGACCGUGUCGCUUCAGUGUUGCUUAUUGUAAAAUGUGAAUCUAAAAAAUGCACAGAAGUGACUGACGUUACACCCUUUAUGCAAACCAAAGCUGCAUUAAUUUACCAAUAAAAACCUUCAAGAUUCCUCAGGUCAGUUCACUCCACAGCAGAGCAGAUUCUCGAGAUUUGAAGCACACACUUGUGGCACUUAAGGGAAGCUCAACGAUGCUUGUGUCAGGGUUUGUUGCUGUUCCUCUUCUGCUCUGCCAAUCCAGAGCGGAACCCCGCAGGAGCUGCAUUUGUCAACAGAACUGCCAAUCAUCUUUAAAAUGAAAUAACAAAAUGAAUUAAAUGUCUCAGAAGAACACUUGGAUGUGAAUAAGUGGUGAGGCAGGAACCAUGUUUGAGGGAAUUUAAGACAUGUCAAACCAUAUUUGACAAUUAUAUUUAAUUAUAUUAUAUUUGAUAUUCAACAGUACAUAAAGGGUCCCAGCCAUAGUUCUAGCCACCAAACAUCUUUGUAACUUUGCCUGAUUUCUUUAGCAAAGAGACUAAACACAACUCACCUACUCUCUUCCAGCAGCUGCUUGUUUGUAGCGAGACCUCAGGCCAGUCCAUUGUGGACUCCAGUGGGGUGACGCAGCUCAAGGAAGAACAUUUAUGAUCAUUUCUUUAUCAUUUCCUUGAAGUAAUAAUCACCAUAUUAAUCAUUUUGCACUGCAGACGCGGUAGUUCUUCUGCCUUAGCGUCUUGGUCUGAUUGCAUUUCCAUGAAGAAAUGAUCAUAUAUUGUCUUAUGAUUACUUUGUUUAGUAAGUAAGUAAAGUCUAUUUAUAGAGCACUUUUCACAGAUAAAAAUCACAAAGCGCUGUACAUAAAAAAGUGCAAUUAGAUAAACAUAAGACGGUAAAAGAUAAGUACAUAGACAUAAAAAAAUAUGAAUACAGUACAGUUAAUAUGGAAAUAAGUGCAGAUAUAAAAGAUGAGUAAAAGAGACAAACAGAACCCUGUUAAUUAAAUGCUUGUCUAAAUAAAAAACAAAUACACACAAUGACUGAUACAUUUCACAGCUGCAAGACUACAGGACGAGUUUUUUGUCCACAAAGACCACUACAAAAUAUAUUUGGGGAUUCCAAAACAGCCUUAAAACAGACAAUUUAAAGAAUCAUUAUAAAGAUCAGAAAAACUUCAACAACCAUUUAAAGAGUCAACACUUAUGGGUCCUCCUAAAAAUACUGUCCAAACCAUGGUGCUAAUACAUAUCUAUGCUAACAUACAAAAGUCCUGUGAUGCCUUAAUGUGUUUAUGUAUUUUUUUCGUAGGUUUUACAAGUUUAAUGCGCAGUCCAACAUGUGAUAUCUUCAACCCUCUGCACAACGAGGUGAAUCAGGAUAUGGAGCAGCCUCUGAGUAACUACUUCAUCGCCUCAUCUCAUAACACGUACCUAACCGGAGACCAGCUCCUGUCCCACUCCAAGACGGACAUGUACGCCUGGGUGCUGCAGUCGGGCUGCCGCUGUGUGGAAGGUAAGUAAGCGCGUAUUUAGAUGUAAGUGAAGACAUCAUGCGAGAGGAAUCCUUCUGUGAGUUUUCUCUUGGGACAUUUUGACACGGCACAGUAUGAAAAUCACACGUGUGAAUAAUCAAAUUAAAUACAGCUGGAUACCAUUUAGCUGCUUCAGUUUAAAGGUCCUGUUGGUUAUGCAUGUGGGGUUACUGUCAUAAUGUCACAGCCCACUGGGACUCUUUAAUAAAACAAAGCCUCUGUUAAUGUACAGGUAGUUAAGAAUGCCUAUUAAAACAACCCCCAAUGUCUGCUGGGAAAAGAGCCUAUUUUAAGCAGGAAAUACCUCCAAAAUGACGACAGUAUCAAGUGAGAUAGUUGGAUCAGUUAUGGUGCGCAGGUGUUACUCAUGCUUUGCCUCUCCUGUGUUUCCCUGCAGUGGAUUGUUGGGACGGUCCUGAAGGCGAACCCAUGGUCCAACACGGCUACACCCUGACCUCCAAGAUACCGUUCAAGUUUGUCAUUGAGACCAUCAAUAAAUACGCCUUCAUAAAUAACCAGUGAGUCCAAGCUUACCACCUUAUGUGUAUUUGUGUUGGGUAGAUAUGAUUGUUUGUGACAGUUUAUGGAAGCAACACGCUUCUGUUUCCCCGUUGGAAUUAUGUGGUGGGAAAAUGGUCCCAGAAUGACAAGUAGAAAUGACAUUUUAUUCAUUCCUCUCUGUUUCCUCACUAUUUUGAGUCUGACUGAAACCACAUUUUCUGGUUUAGAAAAAAAAAAUGUGUUUUUGCUGGUGGGAAACUAGCCCAUCGCUGGUCCUUGCUCACAAACACAGAGAUUGAAUUAUUGAUUGCAUGUUCUUUAACUGGCUACCAUAAGAUGAUAACAUCAGCUUCAUUGUAACAAGGAUGUUUGACCAUCUGCAAAACCACUAAGAUUUUACAUAUAAAGUGGGUCUCAGGCUAGCUGUGAAGUAUAAAUUGAUGUGACUGAAGGUUUCCUCAGCAUUGUUUUACAGGUUUAUGUGUUUCAUAGAGCAGUGAGAUUGCUGGCAGUAAUUAGCACCUAUUACCGAACCAUCUGUUAAGCAGCCUCUCCUCUGUCUCCCUAAGGAGCAACUGUUUGUCUCUGAUGGGUUCAACAAUACCAAAACAAAGUGAGGAGGGAUGCAGUUUCCUGCUGCUAUGCUUGCUUGAUUUGACAUCCUCUUCAUUUACUCAUGAUUAAAGUGCCAAUGCUAUAAAACCAUUCCCAUUUAAAGGUAGGGAUAGUACUGGAGUAGGUUCAGCUUAUGUUUUUCAAGAGAAUCAUGAGAACUUGUUGUUUUAGUUUGUCUGAAGUUCACUAAAUUAUUAAGAUAGUGCAUCUUGUGUUCAACGUAUUAUGUUGUUUUUUGUACAGUGGUAUUGUGUUGUUGUCAUUUCUGUGUGCAUGCGGAUAUUCAACAGUUUGAAAACACCACAGUGAAGGUCGUUAUCGAUCAUACCCUGGCUACAGUGCUGACUAACCCUAUCCCAUAAUACUGUUUGCUACUGUACAAUAUCAAAUCUUCUCUUAUAAGAUAUCAUAUCUCAUUUCCCAUCACAUUGUUUUAUAUCCUAUUUUGUCAGUCUGUACUGCAAUUUACUAUACCAUCCUAUCCUAUCAUAUAGUUUAGUUAUCGUUAUUAUUAUUAUCGUAAUUUCAUAUUGUAACAUAUCUCGUUCUACCGUAUCGUAUCGUAUCACUUGGAACCGUAUAAUAUCAUAUCAUAUCAUAUCAUAUCAUAAAGCAUUGUAUCAUAUCGUAUCUCAUCACAUUGUAUCACUUUUUGUCAUAUUUUAUCAUUUAUUUUGCUAUCCUAUUUAAUAAAAACAAGCUCUUGAGUUGCUUGUUAUUUGCAAAGCAGUUUUUUCGCUUUAUUCAGUAUUUUGUUCAUCAAACCCAAAACAGGCUUUUGGCUGUAGCUUUGCAUUUUAUGAGCAAACAAAGGCAAAAUAAUUUAAGAUAUUCUCCAAAAUGUUGAACCAUUGCUGCUGUGUUUGGCAUGUGUGAGGGUAAAUUAAAAAUUUUAGACUUUCGGCCAAACAAACAAACCAAAAAAAAAGACUUGAUUAUGAUGUUAUUGUAGGUUGUGGAUAAUCAUGUUGUUUGUUUUUCCAAACAAACUAAGAAGAUGGCCAAUUGUUAAAAUCUACAAUUAGACAUAUCACUGUUGGAACCCUCCCUCUCAAACUAACUGGAUCUUUUUUUUUUUUCCAGAAAAUUAUAAUGAACAUUUUGUAAAGAUAAUGAUGGUAAUAAAACACUUUCUCCUAAACAGUAAUAGUAAUUCUUUGAAUCCCUCUGAGAACUAAAUUGAAAACACUUUCUGUGUAGCUUUCCUAAUGAAAACAUGCACAUUUGCUAAGUGAGUAAUACCUUUAUACUCACAUGAACUCAUACUAUAGUAAUAAUUAGUUAUCCCUGGCACAGUUGACAACCAGAACAGAAGAAUACGUUUUGUGUCCUUUGAGCUCUCUCUCUCUCUCUCUUUCUUUCUUUCAUGUCACUCACUCUGCUUUUCCACUUUUCUCAGUCAGCUGAUAUUUUAUCAUGUGUGCCACCUGUUAAUAUGAUUAAUGGGCCCUGGGCUGUAUGGAAAUGGAUUGAGUCCUCGCCUUCUCCUACAUUUUAUACACACAUUUCACGGCUCAUUGAGCCACCCCACUGUCUCACCUGAAAGCUGCUCCCGCAUGUCACCGUCUGUGUGUCCAAAUGAAAUGACUCCGGAUGUUCCCUCUCUGUUGUGUCUUUUUUUUAUCAUUGGCGAAACACCCAUUUGUGUGUAUGUGUGUGAGUUUGUGUGUGUUUCGGGGAUCAGAGGUGGGGUUGGGAACGUGGCUGCAUCCGCCUGAGGGAGACCUGUCAGUCCGUCAAUCCUGACAUUUGAGCUGCACUGCUGUGUGGAGACAAGUUAUUUCACCUUUUCUAAUUGAAAACACACACAAACACACACCAACACACACACACAUAAUGCCACUGAGGUGAAUAGGUGCUCAAGCGGAUGUAUUUUAUCAUUAACCUGCGCACCUUUUUUACUGGUUGGAGGUGAAAAAUGAAAUCACAGUCUGAGAUUUCUCCUGUUUCAGUCCAAUUUUACAGUAUUAACAGGUUCUGAUGAAAAAUAUGAACAUAUGUUAUAUACUGUCUUUCAGGUUCCCAGUUAUCCUGUCCAUAGAGAACCACUGCAGCAUCCAGCAGCAGAAGAAGAUUGCUCAGUAUCUGAGAGAAAUCUUUGGAGACAAACUAGACGUGGGGGACGUGCUGAGCAGAGAAUCCAAAACACUACCCAGUCCUCAGAGCCUGCGGGGCAAAAUCCUCAUCAAAGUAAGAAAAAAACAAACUUAUGGAUGCUCAGAUGUCGGGUUUAAAGAUGGAAAUUUAAAUGAAGAAAUAAAUAAUAAGAAAGUAGACCUGGGUAAAAUGAGUGCACUUUGAAAUCAAAGCAUCUGCACAGCAGCGUCUCUGUUUUCGUCCUCUUGUUUCAGCAAAGAGAGAGAGGAGCACUAAUUAUCUCUGCGUAUUUCACUUUGUGCUGUGCUGUACAGAGAAUAGAGAGUGGAAACUGUGCUGAUGGCGGCUAAUUAUCGGCCAUAAACACAUGAACAACUGAAGAGGGGAAAGGGAGAACCAUUGUUUUUAUCACAAAGGAAAAACUGGCAAGGGAUGGGUAUCAUUAGUAUCAUACUGAAACGGGUAUCUAUGUUGAUCAAUAUUCUUAUUGAUUCCACUCUUGGACUUCUUCGAUAUUAACUACAGCAGAUCGAAACAUUGGCUGCUGACUGACGCUGUCUAAAGAGGUUUGUUUUUCCAUGGACUUACUGGUUACUCAAGAUUUGACUCCAUUAUCCAUUUAGUGGGUGAGAUGCUCAGUGGCAGCUGGGGAUCCCCUCGUUCUGGUACUCUAGUGUUACGCUGAAGUCUUACAUGGAUUCAACUGCAUAACUGAUGCAAUAUACGCACUUUGUUUGCACACAAAUCCCCAAAGCUGUUGUUAACAAUAAGGCCUCUCAAGCUGACUGCACAACCCAGCAGUAAUAUAUGCAAUCCCCUGAGGAUGUUGGCAUUAACCCCCGAAAUCACACUCUAAGUGAAUAAAGAAUUAACAGCAAAUAGAUGAACUGAAAUGUGCUCACUCACUUAUACCAAAAAUACACCUGAUACUCAAUAUGGUUCUUAACCCACACUCUUAAUAGUAACCAGAAUCCUUAAUAGUAGACACAAAUACAACCUGCAGUUACUUAUUUACAACAACUCAGUGAUCAACAUGAGGAUAUAAAGAUUUAAAGACACAAACUUCAUGAAAAAAUAUGACUGUCUUAUAGAGUUUACACAGAACUCCUGUAAAUAUUCAUAUCAAAAACCCCCCUCUAAAGCAGCACGUGAAAACUAAAUAAUGUCUCCUCUUCUUGACCUUUGAUAAUCAAUGAUUCAUCAGUUCAUAAACUUAAAAUAAAGUUACUCUUGGUGGCUCACAUUCUCUGUCCUCAAAACUCCCCCUGCCAACAUUAAGACUGAUGCGGUGCUCCAAAAGUCCUCAAUUUCGGGGUGGAGCACUUCUGCUUAUGUUUUAAAAUUCCAUUAGAUGUCCCCAUUUAACAGCUCGAAAUACAUUAUUCAUAGAUUUUGCUUGAUAUUUUGCAGCUGUUCUUGAUUUUAUGAGAGUAUCUAGAAAGUUGAUAUGUUUUAGAAAUGGUCUUCACAAAAAUUUUGCUAUCUUUUUUUCUUCAGGACUCAGAAUAUGGAACACUGAUUAGCCACCAUAGACCUUUUUCACAGUACGUGGAAGUUGGCAUUCUGCUCACUUCCGGUGUUAGCGUGUGGUGGAGCCACUUAGCAUCGCUCAUAGACGGCCAUUCAUUUUUCACGAUAUUAACAAGCUCGCGACUCGUUUUUUUGAAAGGUAAUUUAAAGUUUUAUGCUUUGUACUGUUUUACUAACUCCUGUUCUACAUAAUACUGUCCGGAUUUUGUACUUUACUUUUCGGGAAUUAUGUUUAAUAGGUCAUUACUGAAGAGCAAUGGUUACCAUCAUCAGAAAAUAUUAUUAAACAUAAUUCCCGAAAAGUAAAGUACAAAAUUUGGACAGUAUUAUGAAGAACAGGAGUAAGUAAAACAGCACAAAGCAUAAAAUUUUACUUUACCUUUCAAGAAAACGAGUCGCGAGCUUGUUAAUAUCGUGAAAAAUGAACGACCGUCUGUGGGCGAUGCUAAGUUGCUCCACCACACGCUAACACCGGAAGUGAGCAGAAUGCCAACUUCCGCGUACUGUGAAAAAGGUCUAUUGCAAAAUUGAACAUUGAAAAAAUAAAAAUAUGGAAAUUUGCACAAAUUUAUCUUGCUACAACAAUAAAAAAUUGACACUAUAAAAAGUGAUAGCCUAAUAUAGUUCCUGAAUUUAGCUGCACAGUGAGUUAUCUUCAAAGAGCACAUGUCUCGCCUCCUCGGCUUUUCUUUUUGCAGCUCUUACAUCUUUCAUCCCAAAACACAAGAAAUGUGCCCGGUGACAUGAACCUAUGAAACACGACUGAUACCAUCACCCUACAAGAGAAUGAAAACCCGGCAUAUUAUCUGUCAUGCACUCUCUCUUUGAUGGCUUCAGACCAAGCAGAUCCUAAUCCACCAGCCCAGGUGGAGUAACAGAGAGGGCAUGUGGAUGAGUCAAAGCUUUCAGCAUUUAUUGGAUUUUCUUUCAUAGGAGCCAGAUAAAAUAAACCUUAUCUGUAAUGUGAAGAAAGCCCACAUUGUUCCCUGGGAGAAGCAGCUCUGGCUUUGUCCCUCUACAGCCACACACGUCUAGAAAGUGAACGAACAUUAUUGAUUUUCUAUAAAGCCUUUUAGUUCUCUUGAACAAUUUUCCUCUCUCUUCCCGGGGUUUUCUCCUGCCCUCAUUGGCGCACCUUUCACCUCUCUCCAUUCUACAGAGGAAGGAGAGAGCAGAAAGCCAUGAGACAAUGAAAGAAAUGGUGUUUUAUGGCGGUCACAGAUACCAAGCGGCGGCAGGGGAAGGACUUCUAGUGACGGUAGUUGAAACAAGGGCAGAGGCGGUAGCCUGAGAGUGUCUUUGGAGGAAGAUAGUUAGAAAAAUUUUGACUCCCACUCACACCUCCAGAAUGGCUCACUAAUGGGCUUCCACUUUACAGAAAGAACUGCUUGGGGAGCUCCUCAGAGCAGCUGAUUGUACUAUUUGUGUGUGUUUGGCAGCAAUGUGUGUUUUGUGCCCUGUGAUGUGGCAGUAAUGGCUUUCCCUCUGGCUAUAAAUACCAGUUGGAAAUACAUAGUAGAAAGAGAGGACAUGUGCAUCUUUGAGUGUGUGUGUAUGUGUGUGGAGUGGAUGCCUGAGUUAAACCAUAUUGCAUUCUGCUGUGUUAUUCUUGGAGGUGCAGCCUGUGUUGGCGUUCUGAGAAAUAAGCAAGGAUUUGCGCUAAAUUGAAGACAUAUGCACGGGGUUAGAGGUCUGAUUGUCGCUCUCCUCCCAUCUCAUUGUCUGUCUUCUGACUUUCCAGGGGAAGCGUCUGCCUGCGUAUCUGUCUGCCGACGCUGAGGAGGGGGAGGUGUCGGAUGAUGACAGCGCUGAUGAAAUUGAGGACGACUUCAAGCUGAAAAACAGCAACGUAAGAUAAACGGACAUCACGAGCAGAAUCAAUCGACAAAUCAAAGCAGAAUACAGCAGAUAUAUGGAUUAACGUCUACAGUUAAUACGAUUAGAUGAAGAAGCUGAAAAAUCUGUUGAUAUAUUACAGGAUGAUCCAUCCUAAUAACAAGAUUAAAGGGCCACUCUGCCAAAAAACCAAGCAAUUACCAGUCAGAGAGACUUAAAAGCAUAUACCAGCAGUUUUACAAGCAGUUGUAACGCAAAGUUAUCCUGCUAGAGCAAGACAAAUAAAAAACUCACAAGAUAGUUUCCUAUUAAUACAGGCUGUAUUUGUGAAUGAUAUGGCAGUGGUAGCAAUAAAUCAGGGGUCUCAUUUUACUGUGGUUAACAGAGAUGGAUUUUGACUUUACUGUCAGACUGUAAAACAAACAGAUAACAGAGAAACUCAAAGGUGAUAAGAGAGUCAGAAAACCCAGACACAACAGAGUGGCAGCUCACUCUUUCUCUGCUGUUAAAUAUUUCAGGACUGAAACAUUUCUUACAGAGCCACAGUAAAAAGAAACCAAUCGAGCAUAGUGUUAGUUCAGGCAGGCCAAAAAAUCAACAACAGUCGAUUUCAGCCAAUUUUCCCUACACAUCCUGGUGAUGAAUAUCAAACUAGACGUGUUGUUUAAACUUCUUUAUGGUGAUGGUGUGUGCCCAUUAUUUUAAGGUUUUAAGAAAGUGUUGGGUACUGAAAAAGAUCAGAAGGUUGUUUUAUAUUGACAUUCGUUCAAAACAGCUUCAAACACGCCUGUGGACAACAACCCGCAAAGUCCCUUAUUCUUGUUUUUCUGCAUGCCAAUAAAACCAAACAAGCUCUUGAUUAAUAGUGAUUGAUUUUAAGCCAACAAAUCAAAACAUUGUUUUUGCUGGAUAAAAAAAGAAUCAGUGAAAGAAGAAAAAACAACACUGAAAAUCCAGAAAAAUAAACCAACAAGAAGAUUUAAUAAUAAAAAAAAAAUCAUCCCAGACAGACAGACAGACAGACAGACAGACAGGCAGGGUUGCUGUUGAAGUAUCAGACCUCCUCCUCCACAUACAGGCACCACAAAUACAAGUGUGAUAAUGGGAUCUUAAUGACGUCGCAGUGCUGAACUUAAUGACUUUGCUAAUUGGGGGUAAUGUUGCUGCUUGCAAAGUUUUACAGAUCAUCGUUGCUGUAAUGCUUUCAAAUAAUCAAUGCCUAAUGGAGCAGAAAUAACAUCAAGUCAAUAAAAAGGCAUAGAGAGGCGUUAACUCGCUGCUCCUUCCUGAUUCCUGAACUUUCUUUAUGCGGUUGUUUUUUUCUUUUUUUAAUAGUCAUUCUUAAUCUUAUUUGUUUGUUUGUUCCGCAACAGAGAACUGCCAGGGUCCUUCUCACUGCUCUCAAAACAGGAAAACACUGCUUUAUUAACCAGAUGGUUCAGUUGUGUAAGCGAAUGUGGCAUCGUUCCCACACAUUAGCUGAAGGCAGGGAGGCGCAGAUGCCUCUUUGGAUGAUCAUUGCUGUUUUUGAAGGGGUAGUGGCAGGUUUCCACUGAUGAGAGGUUUUGUUUGGAGCUCAUUAAAGCGGCUAACACAGCCGUCACCACUAACACUGCUGUAUUAUUUUAUUAAUUUACAACUCUUGCUGUAUCAUAUGACUCAUGUUGAUGCAGGAUGAGAGUAUUUGGAGGUAUGUACUGUAUGUGUGACUUCCUCCUGUGCGGUUUGCCAUCUCUCCCUUUUUCUUCAUGAUUUGUCUUUCACACAGGGCAAUGGUAAUCCCCAGGUGGAGUCUCACAUCAGAAAGAAACUGGACUCCCUGCGAAAGGAGUCCCGCAUCGGAGACAAGGAGGACACGGACAGUUUCAGCAUCCGCGCUCUGCUCCGAGCAACGCACCAGGGCCUUCAGAAGAAUCUGCGGCAGGUACCGUCUUCAGGCGAUAUGAGGAGCAUAUGGAGCUGAGUAAUCAACAGAUGCUUAAGAGAGAGAAAAGAGGGGAAAUAAAACUAGGCCACUGAUUAGUCAUGGAAUAAAAAAAUAAAGGAAAUGACUACACUGCACCACUCACAGGUCAACACCCCCAACUGAACACAUUAACAUGGACAGUCAGGCAGCAGCUUCUCAGGCAGCCCUGAAGGGACCGCAGUGUUCUCAGCGAGGUGCUGUUUCAUGGCGAGCAUGUCAAAACAGACACGAAGUGAUGAGAAACUAAAAGUCUGCAGUCUUACUUAAUAUUUAAUUCCCCUGCUCGGCUCGUCUGCUAUUUAUAGAUGCUUUCAGUUCAGUUUCCUGACGGCCAUUUUAAUGGAGAUAUUUUUUUAAAAGCAGGGUUUCCCUUUGUUUUUAUUGUUCCCCAGCUUUGUUCUGCUUCACCUCGUUUGUGCUGAAAGCUUUUUUGAUUCCCUCUCUGCUUUUUUUACUGUAAUCCUACUUUUUCAAUUUCCCUCUGCCUCUCUUCUUUGGCUGUGAAGUGAUAUAUUGGCUCUUGUCUCUUGCAGCCCCUCCGGCUAUUGUACUCUAGAGUCUAGGUGUCUUACUGGGAGCUAACGCUGUUAUUAGACGUACAUCAGAUGAUCUACACACAUACAUUUACACAAGCGCAUAUACUGAAGUUAGGUGUCUCUGAAUGUGUUUUCCUUGUCUGUAGAGCUCUAAAGGAGUUUUGAAGAAGUCCCAGAGCAGAUCCUUCAUCACAACCUUAAAACAGAAGGUAAGUACAGCAGCACAGAGAGCAAGGUUGAUUUUCUGUGAGAUCUAAAAUAGCAAUUUCAGGUAAAUUCAGUUUCUGUGUAGUUGACAAUGUGCUUAUACCACAAAAAACUUACUGAUAAUAUAUUUUAUUGAUGGACUAGUCGACACAAUAAUCUCAUUUAGCUGACACAAACACUUUUUCCUGAUAUGUAAGUGCGCUGACACAAAUACCCUGAAGAAAUAAAAACUGUAUUUUACUUAAAAAGAGUGACAAGCCUUACUGAGUGAGAAAAUCAUUAUUUUUUAAAUCAGCUUUACGAAUCAAGCCAGACCAAAAAUUCUGAAAAUGAGCAGAAAUUGAUUUUUAAAAGAGAUGUAUUUUUUUGAGUAUACUUCAUCAACUCCAUUUCCCCAAAUAUCUGAUUAUUUAAAGACAAACUGACUAAAUUAAAAGAAAAUUUUACUUGAUGCCUAUCUCAAUAACGCGUUAUCAACAUAUGUAUAAUGCAUUAUAAUCACGUUAAAACACUGUAUAAGUAAAGUUGUAAACACUCAUCAAUGAUCGUAAUGCUUUAUAGCUAUAAUCAUAACACAUUAUAAAACAUUUUAUCAUGACUUACAAGGUCAGGUAUUUAAAUGUGUUAUGCUUAUUGUUAUAAAGCCUUGUGAUAAUUAAUGAGUGUUUAUAAUGAUAGUUUUACAAGUUUAUAAGCAAAUUAUAACACAUCAUAAAUAUAUGUAUACGGCAUUAUCUAUGUGGGCAUAGACAGUGAGUUGUUAACAGUUAUAACACAUUAUAAUACCUGACCUUGUAAGUCAUGAUAAAAUGCUUUAUAAUGUGUUAUGAAUAUUGCUAUAAAGCAUUAUGAUCAUUUAUGAGUGUUCAUAACUAUAUUUAUACAGUGCUAAAACGUGAUAAUAAUGCAUUAUACAUUUAUUUAUAAUACGUUAUAGAGAGAGGUGUCAAAUAAAGUGUUACUGAAAAUUAUGGACAUGCUGGACAUCUUCCAGUUUAAGGAAUGCGACCAAGAGAUCAAGAGGUAUCAAUAUUCCCUAAUAGCUUCCAACAAACAGGCCGCUGAGUUUGUUGUUUAACAGUUUAACAUUCGUGUCUGUGGCUUAAACUUAUUAGCAUCACUUAGAGGAGCAGGAAAGAGGCCUGCUGUCCUGCCGCUGCUGUCCUAGAGAUAAAUCUUCCAUGAAGUCACACAUAGAAAAUGCAGUUACACAGCAGCUUUUGAAGUUGUCUCAGCCUGUGGUGGGUCACGGACUCAUAAUUAAGCCUGCCAUGCUUAUCUUUCUUGGUAUAAUACAGAUCAGUGAAUGCAUGCAUUAUGAAUACCUUUGAAUUAAACAUGCAGGUUUUGUAUUUGAUCCUUUCUGAGCCGUGUUUGUCCUUUAGAGAACUGAUAAUUCUUUUUUAUAGAAUAAUGUAUAGGUUUAAGUAUCAGUGUGUUGUACGGGGUUGUUCUUUUGCAUUCAAAUAUUAUCUUUUGCUUCAAAUUUCCUCCUCCAUCCAUGGGUUUUUCUUUUUACUCCCUCCAACAUCUUCUCUGUUUACUCACUCGCAUCUCCUCCUCAUUCUUUCAUGCGUCCCUCUUUACAUAUUAUCCAUCCUCCUACGUGUGUGUGUGUGUGUGUGUGUGUGAGUGUAUAUAUGCCUGUAUGCAUGGGUGCAUUUAAUCUGUGAGCAAGCAGCCUAAACCCUGUAAUUACUGUGACCCUCAUCCCCUUCAAAACUCCACUUUAGCACUGAUAGAGACGUCAGAGAAAAAAACACACACACACACACACACUAAAUAUAAUUACACAUGUGACAGCUAGAACACCCACCAACAUGCAGAAAAACGCACAAGCAAACGGCUGCUGUGAAAACAACACAGUGUCUGAAUCACACAGAAACACACACAGUUUGCAAGAGACACAUUACUAACAACCUUUGCCUGGUGAAGAUCUCUUACAAUGCGAGUUUGGGUGUAGGCGGUAUCAUGCAUCAUGUGUAUUUAUAUCAUCAGUCAGGAUUUCAGCUGAAGACUACAGACCAUACUGUAUGUACUCUUCUGCUUUACAGCCGCUAAGCACAUCUUCACUGUGGUGUUACUUGUUGGUCUUGUUUGUUUGUCCAGAGGCACUCUAAAUCCAGGCUGACAUGCCAGAGCUCGGAGAAGGAGGAGGACAGUCAGGAGAGAUCUGGGAGGGACUCUGGAGGACAGUUUAACAGGUAACCUUUGACCUGUUUCAUCACAAAACCGACCAUCCCAGUGCCACCCAAGGGUCUCACGGAUUCAGUAAAGAAGUUUUCAAUGCCUAUAACUCGAGUUUGAGGAGAAUGAGGAGACUCACUGGGGAGAUGACCUCUGACUUUUUCACAGCCUGUGUUCACAAUAGCCAAAAUAUUUCCUUUUUUCUAAAGCGCCUUUGAGUAACUUUCAAUUCGUGUCAAUUUUGGCGCCCCCUGUGGACAAAGAAGUCAAAUUAACACAACCAAAAGCUCCACACAUGAGAUUUAAGCAGUAUUUCUUCUACUUCUAUAACUUAAAUUCACAGGGCGCUGGUUUGCCUGGCGGGUUGGUGCAUGCCCCAUGUGAAGGGCUGUGGUUCCCGUUAUGCCAGUCGCAGGUUUUGACUCCUGGUUGCGCCCCUUUGUUGUAUGUUAGGGUGACCAUAUGUCCUCUUUUACCCGGACAUGUCCUCCUUUUUGGGGGCUGUCCGGGUUUGGACUUACUGAGUUAGAAGUGCGGAAAAGACACUUGAUCCAGCCUGAUAAACUCUCAAAAUUAUCUUCAUGUGACUCUGUGACUCCGCCCCCGCUUAGUCUUGUCUUCUUUUCUGGAAGUUAGAAUAUGGUCACCCCAUUGUAUGUCAUCCUCCACUAUUUGCUUCCUGAAUUUCCAACCAAUACAGGCAAAAAUGAGUAAAAUGAAGAAUUAAUAAGAGCAUUACACAUCAUUAUUCAUUUGAAUUAAACCAGGAGGAUUUCAGUUUUAGCCUCGGGUCUGUUCUUGCAUUACCUUAGACGUUAGUAAAAUGAAAGUUUAAUUUCUACAAAGAUUUUUCUGGUUGGUAUUAAUGAGUUACUUUGUCAUUUGAUGUUUGUUUGUGAUCCCAAAAAUGAGUCCAAUAAGUUUUUGCUAAAAGCAUGAUAUUAAAGUCCCUGUGAGGAGUUUUUCGCCUGUUUUGAAUCAGACCGAGAUCGAUACCGUACCUCUUUAUGAGCUGCAGAAGUAAAUUAAUGAACCUGAAACUGCUGCUGCUGCUGCAGGGUAGGUGUCAAAAGAAGUGAUGAACUAAAUACUGCUAAAAGUUUUUGUUCAUAUUAUCCAUAGCAACAAAAAAAUGAGUGAUGCACCAGACUGUGAAAGUCGGCAAAGACACAAAGAGGUAGAAGUUAAUCCAGGGGGCGCCAUAUUAGUCACAAAUUAAAAGUUACUCAUAACUUUUAAUUGCAGGGAGCAUUUAGUAUCAAGGAUCCAAGAGAAAACCAACAUGACAUCCACAAAGAGCAUGAUCCAACAGGAAAACAUUGCAUCAGAUUAACAUCAUGGUAACAGCAACAUGGUAUCAGUGUAAGAAAUAGAAAUAAAUCCCAUUAAAAAUUAGGAUUCAGUGUCUUUCCACAUUUACACUGUUACACUGAAAGUGAUCUGAUUCACCAAUGAAGAGGAACAAAAUCUAAUUGAAUCCCGUUCCCUCAGCUGCACAGAUAUUUCCCUGUUUCUUUCUCUCCCACGUUUUUCGUUCACCUCUGCCUCUUUCUUUUGUGAGUGAACACCAGGAAAGAAGGAGGGAUAUUCAGCUAUUUUCCUCCCUCAGUUGCUCUCUGUGUAUCAAGCCUUUGUCUUCCUUUGUUCUCUCAGUCUGUGUUCCUAGUUGCAUAUUCAUAUAUGCAUGUCCCCAGGAACUGUCACAAUGCAGAUUCCUAUAGGCGUGUGUGUGUGUGAGUGGCUUUGUGACUGAUUUUGUGCAAGAAAGCACAUGUCUGACUGUGUGUGUGUGUGUGUCGUUCUAGUCCUUAUGGUAAGCUGUUUGCCUUUGAUGCUCUUGCUGCCAUUUGUAAGCCACCUUGCAUAUGGACGUCCCUCUCUUUGCUUCUGACACAUCGAGUGUCCAAAAAGGCUAAUGUGUUUGUUAAUGUUUGUACUUCAUCUUCCGUGUGCUCUAGCUGUCUUGUAUACUUACCCACACUAUCACUCACUUUCCUCUGUUUACAUCUCCUCUAAUUCUGUCAUCUGGCGCUUUGUUUUUAGGGGUGGAAGGAAAAGGAAGACGAUGAAGCUGAGCAGAGAUCUGUCAAACCUGGUGGUGUUCACCAACUCUGUCGCUUCUCAGGAGUGUCUGAAUGAAGGUAACAUACCUCCAUACAUAAACAAAUAGGCACAGUGAAAUCUCUACCCUGGGGGACAUUGUCUUACGCCUAACCCAUGUAUCUCCUCAGGUACUCCAGGUGAUGUUUUGUCAUUCAGCGAGACCAGAGCACAAUCCCUGGUCAAUCACAAAGCGGAGCAGUUCCUGACUUUUAACCAAAAGCAGCUGUCACGGAUUUAUCCCUCAGCCUAUCGCAUCGAUUCGUCCAAUUUCAACCCCCAGUUUUACUGGAACGUUGGCUGUCAGCUGGGUAAGACGGCUGUCUGUCGUUUUGUGCUUUUGACCUGCAUGGAGUCUGCCUCUUUAUGAAAACACCAGGUGCCCCGCCUUAAGCCACGUAGCUGCCACUGCAAAUUAACGGACACUGUGUACGACAUGUGUGCAAACAGACACACACACAGAUUUCUGCUGUGGCUGGCACACGGCAUAAUUCAUUUAUAAACAAAGCUGUGUGUAUGCUUGUUGUUAUGUGUGCAGAGGCAAGAUUGUAAAUAAGACUGAGUGCCCACAAGCCUUAGCUGGAAACCCAUAAAUACUAAGAUGAUUAAAAAAAUGAAAAAGAGAGAGCCAAAAUAUUUUCUCAGAAACAAAGUGCUUAGAAAUCCAGGAUACAAUAAUAUCCUCCUCUGCUGCAGCACAAUUUUCUGUUCGAUCCUCUUUAUUGUUACCUGAGAAAGUCCCUAAUUAAAGCUUCUGUGGGGGACUUUUGGUUUGUGUCAGUUUUGGUGCCCCCUGUGGGCAAAGCAAUCUCAUCCUGCUAACUCAUUUAUUCUGAACAUUUUUUGUAACUAGUAUGAAAACAAGGCUUUUUUUCAGCAACUCUGCUGACACCUACCCCCUCAAACUCGUUUCAUGCAUUGAAAAUAACAUUAUAAAAUCAUCAGUCUGGUCUCUUACGGUCGUGUUUCCUUUUUUGUGUCAUAAAAAAGAAACUAGUAUGAAUUGUAGUCGAUUUUAUAAAUGUUAAAAACUCCUCAUAGGAGCUUUAAAACAGCCACGAAUAAAAACACAAAAGGGGGGAAAAGAGAAAAACAUAGACAGAUGCCUUACUUCGCGUUUCUUCUUCUCCACUUUGUUAAUUGCUGGCUCCUUGUUCAUUUUUUCCUUGUUAAGGUCUGAAGGUUUUGCAGACACACAGGCCUAAUGAACAAAUAAAAGAGAAAAUGAAAGAGGAACAUUUGAUAAAUGAAAAACAUUCACAAAUAGAGCGACAAAGCACCCCCUCUGAUGUGGAUUUUGCUUCCGACUGGUUGGCAACCUCAGAAAUGCUACAUGCUUUUCCUUCACCACUUUCCAGAUAGUGUCAAAUAAAUAAAGCUGAAUGUUAGUGGAGUUUUAAUCGUGAAUUCAAAUAAUAAAUGUUCUCUUUUUGAUCUUUUCAGUUGCUUUGAACUACCAAACAGAGGGCCGGAUGAUGCAGCUCAACCGAGCUAAGUUCAUGGUGAAUGGAGGGAUUGGCUACGUCCUCAAGCCACCACCCAUGUGUAAAGGUACAUUGGCAAAAACAAUGUUAAAUCAGUGUUUGUUCUGGCUGGGUAUUUGCAGCAACUAAUAGUUUGAGGAUAAGGCUUUGGACGGAGAGAAAAAAAAAGGUUUUCGGUGUUGAGUUUUGGUGAUGUUUUCUGCACCACAUGAGAUAAUAAAGAUGAUUUAGUCCGCAUCAUGCUGCAGCCCUGUUCUGGAUCCCUUCCAGUGAGGGAAUUAGUGAGACAACAAAGCAGAUGUGGACCUUUUUCACAGGGUUGCUACACAUAGGGUUGAAAAUAAUGAUUUAAAAGCACAGAAAACAUGUGAUUUUCUGUGUAUGUGAAUGUAACUGAAGUAAGUUACAGGAAUGGAUGCAUGUCAAGAAAGUUAAAUUGACAUUUUUAACUUUUGAGCAAAAAAUGAUUACUCUCUCAUAUCUUGUGUGGUCACUAUACUAGCUUGUGUGCAUAUGAUAAUAACUUGUAUGCAGGUAUAGCAAAUAUCACCCCGUGUUUGUUAUUUUGCAGCUGCUUGCUUAUAAAUAUACACACAGCCCAAUCAGAGAGGAUCGGCUCAUACAGGAUUGAGUGAUGACAUAAAUCAAGCUUCUUGCCCUGCUCUCUUUCACCCCCUCCAGGCUCGUUCAACCCAUUCUGUGAUGACCCGCUCCCAGCUUACCCCAAAAAGCAACUCAUUCUCAAGAUCAUUAGUGGACAGCAGCUGCCCAAACCUCCAGACUCCAUGCUGGGGGACCGUGGAGAGGUACCAGAUCACAAGAACUGUGUGCCCACAUCCUCCAUCUGUCUGUCUGUCAUUAAUACACACACACACACGAAUGUUCACUUAAACCUGAAAUUAACGUCUCCUUUGACAGUGAUAUAUUGAAGGUCAUGAGAAAUGUUUUUGUCUUUUCUCCUCCGUCAGAUUAUCGAUCCAUUUGUUGAAGUGGAGAUCAUCGGGCUGCCAGUUGAUUGCUGCAAGGAACAGACACGAGUUGUUGAUGACAACGGUGAGACACACACACACAGUGAUUUGAACUGUGGGACAACACUGUUACCUUACUGAGCCACAGAGGAAAAUUGCUCAGUGUCUAUGAUCAAUAUCAUAAUAAUGAUGUAUCAGAUGACAGUGUGAACGGGUCGGCUACAAUGAGAAAACUAUUACUGAAUCUGCAGCUCCUCUUUGUUGAGCUUUGUUGCAAGUUUCUGCAGUUUAAGAGUUCUGACUCACUCUCAUAUAAAACUCAAUUUGUGGCUGUAUUGUUAGUGGAAAAACUGGAUGAAUAAAAGCAUUGUUCACCGGCAGCUUAAGAGCUGGACAUAAACCCACCAAGACAAGAAAGUAGAAAGAGAGUGAUUGUUGGACAUACUGUACGCUAACUAUAUGGCCAGAAAUAUAACUCAUAAUGAAAGCUGCAGGAUUGUCAAUAAUUUGUUUAUGCUGCCUCCAAGUGGCCAAAGUAAAGCAGUUUUUGAAGGUUUGAAAAUUACUUGAAUUAUCAUCCUAUUUAGGGGGUUAUUAUCUUGGGAUUAAGGUUUCACUAGUCACUUUAUUUGAAAAAUAAAACUUCAGUGUAGAGAAUAAAAGCACAUUAAGUAGAUUUGAGCUAAAUAGAUGCUGCUGAUCUGAUGCUAAUAUCUAAUUUCUCCUUGUUUCUUACAUCAGGUUUUACAGACUUCUGGCAUGUCAAAGUCAAAAGGCACAGGGGUGUAUCAGGGGUUGACUAUGUAAUGCUACACCCACUACCUACGCAUUUACCACUCUUACUUUAUAAAUAUAUACAGUAUUUGAUCAUAUAUGUUAUCAAAGAUAUUUUAAAAAAAAUUGUCCUGUAUUAUGUAAUUAUGUUCGAAUAUAAACUUGAAUAAAAUAACAGUAUCAGAAGAGUAGCUGCAGCUUCCUAAUACUCUUAUAUUAUUCUACAUGCAUUUUUCUAGUAUAUGAUAGCACGUAUAUCACAGCACACAUACUAAGGAAAAUUAAGGUUAGCUUCAGUCUGAAAGAAAAAAAAACAAUGCCACAGCCACAGAUGCUGUGUUUUACUCGGGGCUGUGAAGCACCGCCAGGAUCAAAAGUCAGAGUAAUUAAUUAGAAACAUAAAGGAAGCAGAACGAAGGGGUCUGGUUGUUUCACCUCUAACAUGUUUCCACAGAUGAGAGCUUGCACAUAGGGGGAAGGGGGAAAGCCUCCUCUGGAAAAAGGUUAUUGAACCCUGAGAGCUCAGCAGCAUUAUCAGAUUAGUGUUCAAGGCACUGAACCAUAAAACACUUCAUUUGACUCAUCAAGAUCACCAAUUCACUCUUUAUUUAAGUGCUGCUGAUAGGCAUGAGUAGACCUGGAACAAAUAAUCUAUUUACUUUAAUGUCAGGCUGAGAAGAAAGAUUAGAGAAAGAUAAAUAUGUUUGCCUGGAUUCCCCUCAGGAUUCAAUCCAGUAUGGGAGGAGACGCUGUCAUUCACGCUGCACAUGGCUGAGGUGGCGCUGGUGCGUUUUCUUGUCUGGGACCACGACCCAAUUGGACGGGACUUCAUUGGACAGCGGACAGUUGCCUUCAGCAGCCUGAUGCCUGGUCUGUGUCGAAUCCUGACAUAUUUUCAUCUUUAUUCAUCAAAAAAAGAAGAUAAAAUUACAUCUUUUGAGUGUAAAAUACAUAAAUAUAUGAACAAGUUUCUAAUGCAAGAUAGAGCUAUUACAACCAAUCAGGAAGCUUUUUAUUCAGAUAUACAUGCUUACAUAGAAUAUAUGGCUUUUGGGCACAUUCUUUGUGUCCAGUGAACCAUGAUUGGUCUGAUAUUUACAUUAUAGGACCUGUCAUCGACAUCCAUCAAGGCUGUAGUUGAACUCUUUGUGCCCUGUCCUCUGGCAACAUCUACACCAUCGGUUAUAUGGUAAAAGGUGCCAUCCCUCUUUCUAUCAUUCACCCGCUAACUCUCUUCUUUCUCUUUAUCAACAGGUUACAGACAUGUUUACUUGGAGGGUCUGACUGAGGCUUCCAUCUUUGUGCAUGUGUCAGUGCAUGACGUCUAUGGAAAGGUAAGUUCUUCACGGCCGAGUGUUUAAUCCAGUAUUUUCUCAGUGUGUAUGAUUUCUUGCCUAAGGUUGUAUUUUUGCCUAAGGUUGUAUUUUUGCGUUCAGCAGGAAUAAAACAGUGUUUUUUCAACACAACAAAGCAUUUAAGCUGUGCUCCUUCAACCCUUUGUCUUUCUAGUGGAGCCCUCUAGUCCUGAACCCCAGCUUUACCAUUAUGCACUUUCUAGGAUCUAACAAGGUAUCACAUUGGUGCUUUUUGCAGCUGCAUGAAAAAUAAUGCAUGAUGCAAAAGUGCAGGAGUGCAGAAGUUUUUGUGUGUUAAACUAAAACAGUGGAAAGUUCAGUUUGCUUUGCAGGUCAUAAUUAUUCAUACUUUAUUGUUCUGCUGUUGUCUCACCAUAUCAAAGAUAGAACCGUUUGAUAUGGCGACAUGCAUGCAUAAUUUACUGCAGCCUCUUGCAGAUUGGUUAUUGUGGCAUUAAAGGAGUAAGUGUGCCCUCUAUGGGGAGUGUGUAUAAAAGCAUGAAUUUGCAGUAUACUAAGUUCAGUAUGUCCAUUCAUUUUCCUUUUAACAGUUGACAUUUUUAUUUACCCUGACAUGUGAGAAGGUUUUGUCUUUUGUCUUGAUCCCUUUUAGCGUCCUUACUCACUGCCUCUCCUUUCAUCACCUCUUAGGGUGGUCAGCUGCGAGGUAUCCGAGGUUUGUUCAACCGCUCCUCCAAGUCCUCCGUGGAUACGAACUCUGGUGGCCUUCGUAAGCGCUCCAUCAGCGAUCACCUCCUGCGCCGCACGGCCAGCGCCCCGGCGAAGGGCCGCAAGAAGACCAAGAUGGCUCUGUCAGAGUCGGUAGCUUCGAUAUCAGACCAAAAGAACGGCACAGGUGUAGAAGAAGGAGGAGAGGGCGUGUCUGGGAAGAACGAAGGGGUGGAGAAGCGUCUCCAGCCUAGAGCCCCGCUCAUCCACAGACCUGUAUCCAUGCCUUUAGACAGGCUUCUUCAAGGGCAGCUAUCCAUCUGCUCCCCAGAUAAGGAACAGCAGGACAUGGGUGCAGACACUGUCAUUGGUGGGUAUUUUUCACUGAAUCCUAAUCAAAUAAACACAUCAGGAUUAAAUCUAUUCUGGUAGUACUUGCACAAAGAAAUUCAAAGAUUAGAGAUUUAUUUAUCAACGAAAAUGGCACUUUUCACGCUUUGUUGUGUUAUUUGAAUUCUAAUUAAAAUAUGACAAAAAUGCUAGUUUGAAAUUCUUGUGGUUUACUUUUAACAAAGCGAUGCUAUCCUCUGUUUUGCUUUACUUAUCCUGCUACCAGUAUCUAAAACUCAUGUACAGUAACCAUGUGAACCAAAAGACUGCAGCCUACUCACCAUGAUACCUUAACAUGCCUUUUCUGUCCCAUCUUCAUUUGUUGUGCUUCUUUAUAGUAGAGAACUGACUAGGAUAUACCAACAGGUAACCCAAAAUACCUAUUGUCUGAAGGUUGCAUUGUUCAAAAACAUGCCAGUAUUGCGUCCACCCAGUGUAUUUUGUUCCAAAGUGGUUUGAAAAUGAUAUUUCUGUGUCAUCCGAUCCCAUUCGACCGAACCAACCCCAUUCGACCAUGUCUUUUCCUAAUCUGAUGUACGCAAACAUGGAUUCUUCCUUUGUUUUAACCUCCACAGCCUCAUUUUCCAGCUUCCCCUUCACAGUUGUACUUGGUGGUCCAUUUGUCUGUGUAUUGCUAUUGCCUUGUAUUGGCUGGACUGUUAAUUGUUGUCAUUUUAUUGUUGGUUGGCUUAGUGUUUUUACAUUACAUGGUUGUAGGGCUCCAUAUUUCUAUCUUUGUUGAUCUUUUUCUUCAUCAUUUUUGUCCACAGGAGGUUUCCCCUUCAACAGGCCGAGGUCUUCAUCUCUGGACCCUUUCAUUGAAGCAUCAUUCUGUAUCCAAUCGAGCAUUUCUUCCCCUUCAAAGACCUACAUAAAUGGAAAUCAAGAGUUUGAUCCAUCACAAGAGGCUUCGUAUCUGGUUAUUGGUGGAGGGGAAGUAAAAAGGGAAGGAGAUUACGCUAAUUACCAGCCGAAAGAUGAUGAAGUCAGCAAAUCCAAGUUCAUCUCCACAGGAACAGAGAAAAACGGUUUGAUCUUGCCUUCCAUGAACAGCCAUUUAAGAUCAGAUAAAACAGAAACGUCAUCAGGCAGCACAGCAUACACAGUUGCACCCUCUGUCUCCUCGUCCUCGUCUUCAUCGGCUCCUUCCUCUGUGCCCCCUUUGUCCCCUGUUGGCAUGCAUUGGGAUCUGAAGAGUCCCAGCUCUCUGCAUGACAGCACCAUCUCCAGACUCAUUGAUGCGGUGUCCUUAGGCAACGAGCAAGACACAUGCGGCUCUAUUUCUGUUCUGAUUGGUCAGUUUGAGAGCACUGUCGACCAAAACACUACCAUAACUUCAUCUCAUGAUCUUUCCACCUUGCAGCAAAAUCCAAGGUCUCCCGUGAAGGCCAGUAAUGCAUCUCCUACCAAGAAACACUUAAGUCCUCGGAAAGCUGCUCAAAAAAUAAAUCACGGAACAAAUGAGAUGAAGAUUUCACAAGUCGAUGCACCUGCCCCAAACCCGUUCAUUUCAAGCCCAGAAACUUCUGAGCUGGAGGAGGUGUACACCAUACUUGAUGAAGAGGUCCUGUUACCAGUUUCAGUGUACAACCUGAGGAAACAGACAGUCCAUGUUCAAGCAGAUACUAUCAACGGCACACCUUCAAGCAGCUUGGCGCCAUCCCCAUCAAAAGGGGUUCCUGGUUCAGGGAAAGGCUACAAUGUGGGCUGGGAUGAUAUGCACAGAAGGAGGGACCAAUGUGAAGUCGUGGAGGAGGCAGAGGAAAGUGUUUAUGAGGAGGUGUAUGAUCCCCCAGAGCAAGAUCCCAAAAUAAGGCAGGACAAUCCUCAAAGGUACACAGGCUCCUCUGUAAACCGGCUCCCCCAUCACUCAGUCGGAAAUGCUUUCACAGAAGUGGAGAUAAACGUUGACGAGGAUCCACUGGAGAUGAUACUGACCUCACCAAGGCAUGGCGGCCAAUGGGAUGGCCUUUUAAGUCCAACAAAACGCCAUGCUAUUUAUCAAAACCACGAGUCCACUCCUAACUACCCCCAACAAAAACAGCAUUCAUCAUAUCACAGUCCUAAGCAAUACCCACAACAUGCAUCACAUGUAGCAUUCUCACCGUGUCCCUCCCCAAUGCAUCAACCUUCCUAUCAGCAGCCCAAUCACCAUCAACACAGGAACAACUCCAAUCCCUCCCCCUUCCACAGAUCUCUCCACUACAGAUCCCCAAACCCUAGUCCACUUCAUCACAACAUGUACCCUGUUCCUCAGAGCAAUUAUGAACCUGUCAGUAACAGCAGAGACUUCAGCAGCUCUAACAGGCAACAUAAUAGCUCUAGCCAGGUCUCAAACAGGUCUUAUCAAGACAGGCAAGGAUAUAAACAGAUAGAGAAGGAGCAGGUAAAGACCUUGGACAAUGGUUUCCCUGUCAGAUCUGCGGUCUCUUCAAACAUCUGCAAAGACAGAGACUUAUACUCCCCUUCUUCAGAAUGUGAAGCAGUGUACAGCUUACCAGACUUUGACUGUCUCACUCCCCCAUCAGAGUCUCCAGCCCCUCAAAAAACCCAACCACACUGCCUAAGUCCAACAAAUCAGUGCACCCCAAAGCAGUCGUGGAACCAAAAGGCUCCUCUGAUCAGUGGUUGGCACCAAACCCAGCUUGACUCCAGAGUUUCACAGCAUUCAGAUUUAGGCCCUUUAUCAACAAAAUCCCAGUCUAGCGCUGUAGAGUCCACAGCUCCCAGCCCAUGUAAAUCCAAGUCCCUGGGAGACCUAACUUCUGAAGAUAUAUCAUGCAACUUCCAGAGCAAGUACCACAUCAUCAGUCGCAGUUUCAUCACGCCCCAUAUGAGGAAGCAAAAGAGGUUCGGCGCCAGGGGGGAAGUAAGUUUCCAGUCACAGUCCUGUGAUCCACUUACAGAACAGCUACGGAAGCUGGUUAGUCUGGAGGGGGAUGACAGUGAUGAGGGUCGGACUCAGCAACCCCAAUUACACCAAGAAGCAAAAUUGUCAUCAUCACAGCAACAGGCUGCACCAUCCCCGUCUGUUUCUAGAGAUUUAGAUGAUUCCCCUCCACUCCUUACUCGUCGCCUUUCUUCUCGGAGCCAAAGCCGAGUGCGUCACAUCAACAGCCGCGCCCGGGAAAGACAACAAGAGGCGUUAAAGCCUCGGGCUGGUGCGCUGAUCAACAGCACCACCAGCAUAGGUGGAGUGGUACUGAGGAAUAAACCAGCCUCCCAGAAUCCACCAGUUAACAGACACUCUACUGGUUCUUACAUAGCGGGUUACUUCGGUCAGCUGGAGGACCGAGGACUUCCCGAAGGGGCUUGUACAUCUCUACGUUACGGUAAUGGGGAUCACUAUGGAGAUCGGUUCUAUACUGAUGACUCCCUUCCACACACUGAUUCCAACCCGUCUGCAUCAGAGCCUGAAGUUUACUUCCUGCUCAGACUGUAG